CUUUAGCAGAUGAGGGAUUUUGCAGGGAGAGGACAGAGAGAGCAGUCUGAUUUUGGGAUACAGCGCACAGUCUUGGUAAGUUCUUUGGAAUUUGGGGAUAACCCAAAUCAUUGGGGGGGGGUGGGGGAGGGCAGGAUCACCCAGCAGUGGGCAUUAGGGGUGGGGGCUUCUGUGCCAGCGUGGCUAUUCUUUUUGCUCUUGCCCCCCAGUACAGGACGGCUAAUUAGCGAAGUAACCGCUAACUGGAUCCAGAUGUGCAGCCCAGCCUGCCUCCCUAUAUGGUGGGAUGCUCUGCACAUAGUGGGCAUUUAAACCUCUGCCCACUGCACCCAUACAAUGCCAUGUGUGCCAUCCUGUAUUAACCCUUUGGCUGUCAGAGAGUAAUUCUCCCUGUUUAUAUGCACUGUGGAUAAAUAACUUAGGGGGGAGGAACAUUAAUAACUUCCUACUGCCCCCUCUUCAUCCUCUCAGUACAAAGAGUCUACGAUGCCCUCCAAUACUCACAAAGGGUUAAAUUGUUUAUUCUAACCUUGGCAUUAUUUGGGUAAACCCUUACUCUCUCCCCACAAGCCUUGUAAGCAGUGUUUAUUCCCUAUUUUGGAGGGCAGGGACAGGCAGAUUUUCCUGAUGAGCUCUGUAGUCUGCAGUGCCAAGCUGGCUGGCUGAGCAUGAUGUGUGUUGUAGCUACUUAUUUAUUUGGGUGGUAGUUGGAACAUUUUGUGGAUCGGUGGUAACUGGAAUGCCCUAAGCCCAAUAUGUGGUAUAACUCAUUCUAGCCUUCAGCCGACUAGGUUUAGUGUGAGUUAAUGGUAGUUGUAGUCCUAAAUGAUGGGAGUUGCAGUGCCUAAAAAAUAGUUUCCCUAUUUAAUUGUACCCCUAUUGGAGGAGAUGUAUAGGGUUAGGGUUUAUGGCAAGCUUCAUGGUUAUUGAUCAAUGGCUGCCUGCUUGAGGUGCAACUGGGAUGUUGUUAUGGCUGACCUUCCUUGGAGUUAUAAUACAGACUUGGAACUUUAGAUGUUGCCUGCAUAUUGGGGGGAAAAAAUGUUUUUCCCUCUUUGAUUUUAGGAAAACAAAUUAUGCUUUCCUCCGACAAAAUGAAAUGGAGUCUAAAUCAAAUCAAAUUUUUUUUAAAUCAUUUCAAAAUGUUCGUUUGCAGAGAAAUAGUUUGUACGCUAACUUAAUUUUCUAGUUUCUAGUUUAAAUUGAUUACAAUUCAUUAGUUCAUUUUGUCUUCUCAAUUUCUGACAUUAAAUUCACAUCCAGGAUGGAAUGUUCAGUUCCCUGCACCACAAGAGCUGACAAUCUAAUGGAUUGCUCGGUCUAAUAGCAUCUAACAGAGUUUGUGCAGAAAUUCCUCAGUGUCUCCUGGGAAAGUAAGCCCUGAUUGGCUUUCUAUGAGUUCCAGAUCUCUCUGCAAGACUUCUAUAGACCCACCCUGCCUGGGGGGAUCAGACAUGCUGAGUUAGGACUGAGUAUCCGUUACAAUUCCUUUUCAAUGUAUUGCUCUGUUUGGGAAUAUUAAAACAGAUAAAUUAGGUUUUCGAAAACGUAUGAGCCAGCCACAAACGAUAGGAGCCAAAAAUAAAAAAGAUUGCAAUCUGUAUACUUUCACUAGCACGGGGCUGUGUGCGCCUCUUAGUAAUUACAAAUUGUAUGUGCGGAGCAGAGUUUAUGGAUUGCAGUCAGGGUGCUCUGCAAUCAUAAACACAGCAUAGGACGCCUGGAAUCUGUAUUUUCUCAGCCUGACGGGUUGGCCAAACCCUGCGAAAUGUGUUUAUUAAACUGAUACGGUCACUGGGAGCCCUCAUACAUCUCAGAAGACAGUCUAAACUUUUCUUAUCAGGUCUACGUCUAAAAAUGAUUUAUAAAUAAAGCUGAAAAACGUGGUUAUGGAAAAAAGAUUAGCGCAUUUAUCAUACUGCCGCUGUUAUCAGAUUGACGUGCUUAUUACCAAAAAAUUGGAAUCGUCGGAAAUCUAAAAUGGAUAUAAAAUUCUAGGCCAUAAUAACUCAACUGAAAUCAUCGGUCCUCCCAUUCAAUUGUACACUAUACCCGUCAUACCCCCCUCACCCACCCGUUCUUGUCUUUUUUUUUUUUUCUUGUUUACUACAUUUCUUAUAGAGGAUACAUUGUCGUACUUGUUCACCAGCUAGUUAUGUCCAGAAAUGAGCUUAUUAUACUGGGUGUUAUAAAGCUGAUGUAAUAUCUAUCUAUGUUAAUUGCAUGGACAUGGCUGACUUUAAUAAUAUUUCUAAGAUUGCCUUAGAAUUUGGAAUUCACUUUGAAUUCAUAAUAUGUCAGUGUUUAAUAGAAUUACUUAUGAUAAAGAUAGCCUCAUAAAAUGUGCACAUUGUUUUUUAUUUUUUAUUUUUUUGUCACCGUUCAACUGUCAUUUAAUUAUUCCAAAUGGAUUAAACUUUCAGUUUCUAUGUUUAUGUAAUCUUUCAUUUCUGGACCCGAUAGUGCAUCCCUUUAGAUCAGGGGUUCUCAAACUCCGGCCCCCCAGAUGUUGCUGAACUACAACUCCCAUGAUUCUCUGGCUAUCUAUGUAAUUCAAAGAAUCAUGGGAGUUGUAAUUCAGCAACAUCUGGGGGGCUGGAGUUUGAGGACCCCUGCUUUAGAUGGUCAGUCUCUACUUUAGGAUAUUGGGGCUCUUUGCCCGGGACCCAAUUGAAGCCAAUAGAAUUAAUCUGAAGACCUUAUUUUUCAACUGGAAAGUUAGCUCAAUUAACCAUUCUACAAGUGUAUUAUUUUUAUGAUUAAAAUAUAUUUUACAGAACUCUUAAUUAGGCCGAUCAUACUGGGUUGUUCACUAAACUCCGAAUUUUUAAGAAUUAAUUUCAACAGUAGAACUAAGACAACGUAGCCAAGCUGUGACUAUAGCUGAUUUUGGAGAAUUUUUCCAGACUAACUAUUUUUACCUCAAUUUUGGCCAUUCAUUUGUGAAAAUUGUGAGUUUAGUGAAUAGCAGUGAUAGUAUCAAUGGGAUCUACACUUAACUGUGAAUAAAACAGCUUAGUGUGGGCUCUUUCCUGAGGCCUGGUCAAUAUGAUGUGCCUUCUCCAACCAUACGUGAAACAUGAAGAACGUAUAUUGCGUCCCAACCCAAUAACUCAGACCUUUCACUCCCAGGACUGCGUGGUGGGUGGUUUAACGUAGUUAUGGGUUCAGGAGUGCUCGGCUCUUUCUUUUCUCCAGCGGUUAAUCAAUUUUCCAGAUGUUUUACCCCAAAGUUGGUCCCCCAGUAUCAGAUACCUCUGCCUGCUCUCUGCCUUUCACCCGGCCUUCGACGUGAACAGGUAGGUUGGCCAGACAUUUGCCAAGAGUAUGAGCUGAGGCUCUCCGCUCGUCACUGGCCGGCUGUUGAGCGUAACAGUAUCAUUCGUGCUAUGUACUAACAGUAUGACAUGUGAAGGCAAGAUGGCGCCCAGAUACUAAUGUCCAUAUAUAUUUAUUUAGCUGAGAUUUUUGGAACACGCUUUUCUCAUACCUCCAAACGUUUUAAAUGGUUAAAGAGGGACACUUUAGAUUUAGGGGUGUAAGUGGAGGCGUGGUCAGGGGUAGGACUGAUCUAAAGUAAUUUUAGGUGAUUUACUAAUAAUAAAAAAAAUGAUUGUACUAAAAUGUAAUUUAGAACAAGAGCAAUGUAUCUUAUUUACACAGACUGAUUUCUAAACACAUCUAUUGUAGUUUAAAGACAGGUUUCUGGGAGUUUUAUUGCUGUUAUACACUCAGACACACCAACAAUAUUGAAAAGAAGGACAGGGAGAAUUUGGGUCUAAAAUAGGCACUGUCCUUCCUAAACAGGGACAGUUGGGAGCUCUUACAGAAAUGCUUAGAUUCUGAGAGGUGGCACCAUAUUUCUGUGUAGACUCGGUCUUGGCUUAGAAUAGGCCAUUCCUAACUAUAACAUUUCUGUCCAGAAAAUAUUGUUCCACAAGACUUGUGGGCCGUCUAUUUGAAUUUUAUCCAUGCAAAACGAGAGCUGUGGUUUCCUUCUGGCUGUACCAUUCACGUCUUUCUGAUCUAACAAUUUUGAGAAUUCUUAAGUGAGAAUAUAAAGUAAAUUUCUAAUUUAAGGCCAGACUAGCUGAGCAGCAGGCAUAGCUGACUUUUCCAGUUCAGCCAUUUUGAACUGAAAUUUGAAAUUCCUUUUUGAAUUCUAACUUUAGUGGAUAACCCUGAUACUUAGUAAAAAUAGUGUGCAAAAAAACGCUCUAGUGCAAACGGUAAAAAUAAAAAGCAGCUCAGAAUCACUCGUGAAAUAUAACCUCACAAACCUCACAAUACAAAAUGUGAAAAUAAUUGUUAUAAGUGUAGAAAACCCGUAAAGUGAUAUAAAAGUUAAAACGCAAAUAAACAAAUAGUAGAACUCUAAAAAUACAUUAGGAAUAUCUUACCCUCUAGUAUAUGUGAUUCCAGGGAGUUAAAAUCUUCAAUGACAUAAAAGACAAUAAAAAAACAACAUAUAGUGUAGAUGGUACAAAUGGUAAGAGGUAAUAGAUGCACUCACAUUGAGUGGAGCCUAUGUAUAGGGGCUCACUCAAUUUGCAAAUGUGCCUUUUCAGGUAGCUCGCCACCUUUCUUCAAACAGGGUAAUAAUCUUUGCCUCGGGAAUAAAAAAAAUGAGAUACCAAUAGUGUAAUCUGUCUGGGAUUUUGACGAACAAACAGAAAAUAUACACUGCUCACCUGAUAUAGAGCCUUUCACUGCUCGGCUCUAAGGUGUAAAGAUGUAGGGUUACUUUUUGGGGUGACACUUCCCUAAAAUCAGGUAUCAGGAACCUGGACUCCCCUCAAUCCUUUGGGUUUCUUUAAAAUUACUUUAUUAACAUAAAAAAAUACAAAUAAAAUCCAGAUAGCAACAAAACUGGUAAACGUCCCACUUGUGUAAAAACUGCUAAAAACGUGUUUCCGUCAUUUCGGCUUCUGUAGUUAGCAGGGGACAUUUUUCCUGAGGGGUAAUAAUGCACUCAGGACCCGGGGUACUGUAAUAAGAUGCUACGGGGUAAUAAGGCACUCAGGAGAUGGGUUACUGUAAUAAGAUGUUACCGGGUAAUAAGGCGCUCAGGAGCCGGGUUACUGUAAUAAGAUGUUACGGGGUAAUAAGGCAUUCAGGAGCCGGGUUACUGUAAUAAGAUGUUACGUAGUAAUAAGGCACUCAGGAGCCGGGUUACUGUAAUAAGAUGCUACAGGGUAAUAAGGCGCUCAGGACCCCGGGGUACUGUAAUAUGAUGUUAUAGCGUAAUAAGGCACUCAAGAGCCGGGUUAAUGUAAUAAGAUGUUACAGGGUAAUAAGGCACUCAGGAGCCGGGUUACUGUAAUAAGAUGUUACAGGGUAAUAAGGCACUCAGGAGCGGGUUACUGUAAUAAGGUGUUACAGGGUAAUAAGGCACUCAGGAGCCGGGUUACUGUAAUAAGAUGUUACAGGGUAAUAAGUCACUCAGGAGCCGGGUUACUGUAAUAAGAUGUUACAGGGUAAUAAGGCACUCAGGAGCCGGGUUACUGUAAUAAGAUGUUACAGGGUAAUAAGGCACUCAGGAGCCGGGUUACUGUAAUAAGAUGUUACAGGGUAAUAAGGCACUCAGGAGCCGGGUUACUGUAAUAAGAUGUUACAGGGUAAUAAGGCAGCCUACAGGAGCCGGGUUACUGUAAUAAGAUGUUACAGGGUAAUAAGGCACUCAGGAGCCGGGUUACUGUAAUAAGAUGUUACGGGGUAAUAAGGCACUCAGGAGCCGGGUACUGUAAUAAGAUGUUACAGGGUAAUAAGGCACUCAGGAGCCGGGUUACUGUAAUAAGAUGUUACAGGGUAAUAAGGCACUCAGGAGCCGGGUUACUGUAAUAAGACUACAGGGUAAUAAGAUGAUACAGGGUAAUAAGGCACUCAGGAGCUGGGUUACUGUAAUAAGAUGUUACAGGGUAAUAAGGCACUCAGGAGCCGGGUUACUGUAAUAAGAUGUUACAGGGUAAUAAGGCACUCAGGAGCUGGGUUACUGUAAUAAGAUGUUACAGGGUAAUAAGGGACUCAGCUUACUGUAAUAAGAUGUUACAGGGUAAUAAGGCACUCAGGUUACUGUAAUAACAUGUUACGGGGUAUUAAGGCACUCAGGAGCCGGGUUACUGUAAUAAGAUAUUACAGGGUAAUAAGGCACUCAGGAGCCGGGUUACUGUAAUAAGAUGUUACGGGGUAAUAAGGCACUCAGGAGCCGGGUUACUGUCAUAAGAUGUUACAGGGGGUAAUAAGGCACUCAGGAGCCAGGUUACAGUAAUAAGAUGUUACAGGGGGUAAUAAGGCACUCAGGAGCCAGGUUACAGUAAUAAGAUGUUACGGGGUAAUAAGGCACUCAGGAACUGGGUUACUGUAAUAAGAUGUUACAGGGUAAUAAGGCACUCAGGAGCCGGGUUACUGUAAUGAGAUGUUACAGGGUAAUAAGGCACUCAGGAGCCGGGUUACUGUAAUAAGAUAUUACAGGGGGCAAUAAGGCACUCAGGAGCCAGGUUACUGUAAUAAGAUGUUACAGGGUAAUAAGGCUGAUGAGUAAUUGUGAUUAGAUGUUCCUGGGUUAAUUGUUUAUCCAUGAAUUGGGUGUGCUGGAAACAUAAGCCCUACUUGGGCAGGUUUAGGGGGGGGACACACCCGGGUGUGAGAACAUCUGGAAGACAGAUGUUAAGUUCAGAGUUACAGUCAGCACCCGCCGCCCUGUCCUGAUGUGAAACUGAGAGGAGAUGGGGAGGGCGGUGGAAAAGGAGGGUUACAGAAAUGGGGAGAAGCAGACGGCAUUGGGGGGUUGAGGGGGAUGGAGCAGAGCUGGAAGUACAGAGGAAGGAAGGAGAUAUAGAAAGAAAACAUACGAUGGUUACAUGAGAAACUGUUUAUAAAGAAUAAAUUAAGAGAUUGAAAAGGAGACCAGAGUCAGACAGAGAAAGUCAGAUCAGAGAUGUCAGGGAGGCAGUGAAAGGAGAGGCUGAGGGCUGCUGGACGCUGGAAUUUAUCCAAUAAAAGGAAUUUAAAAUCUUAGAUCAAAAUAUCCACGAUGGAGAUAUAUAGUGGAGCUGCUUCCAAUUCAGUAAUUCAGGCUUAUUUACUAAAGUAAUAGUUGUUGGUAAUUUAAAGUAAAUUUCAAAUUUAAGGCUAAAGUAGCCGAACUGGAAAAACGGUCCAAUCCAUUUAUUCUUCCAAUCCGGCUACUUUGACCUUAAAUGUGAAAUUCACUUUGAAUUCCAAACAGUUGUCACUUAAAUAAAUAAGUAAAUAGUAAAUAAGUGAAAAGUGCCUUCAAAUUUACAUUCCCAUUGGUAAUUCUCCACAGUUUUCUGUUUUGUGUAUAAACCCACUGAAAUUAGCAAGGGGGGAGAGAAAGAGAUGGGUAAUACUGGGGGGGCGGGGGGGAGUGCAGUCUUCUCUAGAGACCAAUCUGUUUACAUUCGCCCUUAACAGCUUGCAGCUUAUUUUAGAUCUCGUGGUCUGCUCUAGAGAGCUUGCAGUCUAAUUUAGAUAUAGUGGUCUGCUCUAGAGAGCUUGCCGUCUAAUUUAGAUCCUGUGGUGUGCACUAGAGAGCUUGCAGUCAACUUUAGAUAUAAUGGUCUGCUCUAAAGAGCCUGCAAUCUAAUUUAGAUCUUGUAGUGUGCUCUAGAGAGCUUGCAGUCAACUUUAGAUCUCGUGGUCUGCUCUAGAGAGCUUACAGUCUAAUUUAGAAGUUGUGGUCUGCUUCUAGAGAAAUUGCAGUCUAUUUUAGAUCUCGUGGUCUGUUUUGGAGAAAUUGCAGUUUAUUUUAGAUCUCGUGGUCUGUUUUAGAGAAAUUGCAGUCUAAUUUAGAAAGAUGUCAUUACAGACCCCUCAUCCUAUUUCAGAAAGCUUGCAACAUUACCAGAGUUGAUCAUUUUAUUGUUUGUGCAAAUCAUUCUGAAACGUGUUUUUAUUUUUCCCUAUCUUGGUUCAAAUAGGGCAGAUCAGUUCACAACUUAUCCCAGCUCACUGUUUAGUGAAUAAACGCCUAAAGCUAAAAAUGUGAGGAGAAGGCAUUAAAUGGACCGUGUAACUAGACAAUUUGUUCUAAGAUCUGGCCUAGAUAUUGAGACAGAAAGCCUAUGUCAUCUCUAUGGUAUAAAUGGAUUUUAUGUGAGAAUAAUCUAAAGACUGCUGUGAGAAGGAUAGGGGUCAGGAGAAUUAAACAAUGGCAGUAUUGCAGAAAUGGGACAGAUGAGCAUCGUAUGCAUAUGUAUAUAAUGAAUUUACAAAUAUAAUUUUAAUUGUUUGGCUUAAGAUGCUUCAAAUCCUGGGAACUGGAGAUCAAAUCCACAGGGUUUUCUUGAACACAGUUUCUCUUUAUUUUUGGGAUGCACAUGAAAAGUGCUCCCCCACUGUAUGUAGAAUUCAUAUGCAGCAAGAAGAAAUAGUUCCCUCCAGAUCAUCUCUUGAAAAAAUAAUGGUACGGAAAAGAAUUUGAAAUUUAAAUUAUCAUAGAAAAAUAUUCCUGCUAAUUGCUUGUUUUUCCAGCACGAAUCACGCUUAGUCGUAUAUCAGAAUGACAGUUUAUUUGUGCGCUGUAGUAGUUAUGGUACCAGGAUUUCCCCCCUGUCACCAGCAGCUAGUUAUGUGUCAAACCAUUUUUUUAAAACGGUAAACAUGGGCUGCAGUGGUUAUGGUGUUUUAGAGUUCCCCAUUAAGAAAGCAGUCGUGAGUCACAUUUCAUUGUAUCCAUGGUGAUUGCUCCAGUUUUAAAACUUAAUUGUGGAAUUAUGAGGGUUCUAUAAGGAGCCCACUGGCCUCGCCAAUUCCUCUUCCUAUGGUAGCAGUGAUGGGCCGCAUGCUGACCAGGUGGAUGGUUGGCCUGUCCUGCGGUAGAUGUGUGACAUGUGGCUAUUUAUCAUCGCUCCAUCUCCUCACUAGUCAGUGUGAACUAAUUAACUGAUUAUUUCCUUUCUAUCGCCAGAGGUGUCAGGACCUCACAGACAGACUCUAUCUCUCUCAUUAACACUUACCACCCACAGAACAUCCUUAAAUAUACAAACAGACAGAGGGCCGUACUCACUAAGCACUAAAUUGCCCCAAAAUUAAAACCAGACAUAUAGUUUAGGCAAAAAUCACCCAUUUGGAAACAAAAUUCAAUGUUAUGUUUAGUUAAUAAACCAGAAAAUCUCGCACAUUAUAACUCUCACCACCCGCUGUACUAAACCUAUAUAUACCAUCCACAACUGGCAUUAACGACCUAUUAUACUAUGUCACACCUCAUUGCAGUAACCUCCAUUAUACAAUCACAGCUGGCAUUAACCUCCAUUAUACCCCCACAGCUGGCAUUAACCUCCAUUAUACCCUCACAGGUGGAAUUUUCUCCCUAUUAUACUCUGUCAAUUUAAUUAUAACCUCAUGGCAGAGCUGGUAUUAAACUCCCUGUUAUACCUCCACACCACACAACUGUCUCUAACCCCCAAAUUGUACCCUCACACAAUAUAACCACAUUAAGUACCCCUAAAAGCUUCAAACCACUUUAAAAACCCCAUUGUACCCACUGCACUAUAGAGUUGGCAUUAAUCCCCUCUACCCCCAUUGUACCCUCACCUAGAGAGUUGGCAUUAAUCCCCUUUACCCCCCAUUGUACCCUCACCUAGAGAGUUGGCAUUAAUCCCCUCUACCCCCAUUGUACCCUCACCUAGAGAGUUGGCAUUAAGCCCCUCUUCCCCCCAUUGUACCCUCACCUAGAGAGUUGGCAUUAAGCCCCUCUACCCCCCAUUGUACCCUCACCUAGAGAGUUGGCAUUAAGCCCCUCUACCCCCAUUGUAUUCUCACAGCAGAUAGUCGGCAUUAACCCCCUCUACCCCCAUUGUAUUCUUACCUAGAGAGUUGGCAUUAAUCCCCUCUACCCCCAUUGUACCCUAACCUAGAGAGUUGGCAUUAACCCCCUCUACCCAAUUUUAUUCUCACCUAGAGAGUUGGCAUUAAUCCCCUCUACCCCCAUUGUACCCUUACCUAGAGAGUUGGCAUUAACCCCAUCUACCCCCCAUUGUAUUCUCACAGCAGAUAGUUGGCAUUAACCCCGUCUACCUCCCAUUGUACUCUCACAGUAUGGUGUUGUCAUUAACCCCCUUUACCCCCAUUGUAUUCUCAGCAGCCCUGUGUAUGUGUUUUGGUAAAACUGGCGUAUGUUCUGGCAGGGUCUGGUUUGUAUUUUGGGUCUAGGAUAAUGAUUUUGCGUUCUGCAUGGCCAGUAGGAGCCAGAUUAAGGGUUAUAUUGCUAAGUGCUUUCCCUGAAGUCACAUGCAGGUUCCCAUGAGACAGCCAUGUCAGGAAUAAGUGAGUCAUAAAAGCAGUGUUUGACAAUUUAAAGAAAGUGAGGGAGGAAGGAGAGAACCAGGGAGGGAAUAAAACGCACUUUAGGGAACGAUGGCGAGAGAGAGGGAUAGUGAGACUGACGUGGACGGUAGAGAGUUUCUGGAGGAUAGAGAGACAGACCGUACUGGGUAAAAGAUGGUCUUGGUAGAUGGGUUAACCCUCUGACUGCCAGAAUACCCUAUAAAUCCCACAAUAAGGGUUAUUCACUAGAAUCGCACCAGACUCGCAUUAAAUAUCAACAUCUUUGUCCCAGGAUUUGCCUUUGGCAUAUUUACAACAGGGAAAUCCAGUUGAAAUCCUCUCAUUUUAACCAAAUAAUCACAUCUCAUUCGCUGCUUGCUGUCUGGUGUGGGCUUUAAAAUCAGUAUUUCUACCAUACAAGCUAAAUCGAUAAAAUACAAGGAUUCGCGUUUAUCAAACACCGAAUUCCAUGCAGAUUCACUAUAAACAAAACCGGUAGAAGAUAGAUUUGUACGCGAAUUCACUAGGUUUGUGCAGGUGAACCUACAGAAAUACGUAAUAUUUUUCGACUAACAGUGCAAGCAGCCCACAGGGAAUUGAGUCCAAUAAUAAUAAUUAUAAACAUUAUAAUAAUAAUAAUAAUAUAACAUUCAAAUAAAAAUUACAAAUACAUUAAUAAUGUAAUAUAAACUUAGUAUCUGAAAUAUGGAGUUAGAAGUCAAAAUGGUGCUAAUGCCGUCUUUGUGCAAUGGUAGCUUCUAUUAAAAUGGAAGAAAAUGUGGUCCAACCUAAAUCCCACUAUCCGGUUGGACUGGGUUUGUAGGUAGACCGCUACCAGUUCUGUCUAAUUAUCAAUGCGUUUGACUUCGCUAACAAUCCAGAAUAGAUUAAAUCCAGCGUGAAUUAACAUGCGUUCGAAAGAUGUCUUCUUUUAUUUAGCGACUAAUAGAUAAUAUUGAGGUAGUCCAUAUUUUAUCUUCUAAACACUUCUAGAUCGUUCUAGAUUAUUUUUGCUAUUUAGGAUAGAAUCCAUUCGGAUAGUUUAAUUGCCAGUGUGUUCCCAAAAUUCCGCAGUGUGUCUAGAUUUAAAGUUGUGGAGUUUGUUGGCAAUUUCAACAGGUAAAGCAUCGACUGCUCGAUGGGUUAACAUUUCGAGGAAUGCCGCCCAUCAGUGUGACAUCAGACCCUGUUUGUGCGAUCGGCGACGCUGGCCCCCUGCGGGGCACUUCCACUUGUUUACAAUGUGUUCAGAGUUUGAUACUACAGAACUAAACACUAGAGACCAGCAGCCUCUUUCACUACAUGCCUCGGCUGCCUAAGAGUAAUGGUAAUUAGUAUCCCCAAUAGCUCUGACUGACUGAGCUUGCUUAAGUUGCAGUACCGGCACUAUAAAUAUUGCAAUACAUAUAUCAGAGUUGGGUCAGGAUGAAAGUGAUAUGGAAAAGUUCUGUGUGCAGGGUCUCCACAGCGUUCUCUGAAACUCCUAUUUUUCAUCUUAGACAGACGGGCGUUUUUAUGUAGCAAUAAAAGAUGUUUUGACUUCCUUUGCAGAUUAAAUAUCACACCUGUGACAACAUAUCGUACUCAGCGGCAGAUGGGAACUUUAACGAUGGUUGGGGUGCUAGACUACCCUCAGAAUUUGACUCUACCCCCUGACUUGCAUUUAACCUCCCCGUAAUCAACCCGUCAUGUUCUGUUCAAUACCAUAAAACUAUACAUGCACGUUUUUGAGAAACAACAGCCAAUUUGACCCCUUAAGGACCAAACUUCUGGAAUAAAAGGGAAUCAUGACAUAUCACACAUGUCAUGUGUCCUUAAGGGGUUAAAGAGGUCCAACCCCCUCUGACCUUAUUACCCAAUGAAUGCCCUAGAAGACAGGACAGUAAGCAAGCCUAUCUUUUUGGACUCUGACGAUCUGACUGCCCAAUGCAGAGUCAAUGGGUUAUGUCAGAAUUCCUGUUGUCUCAACGUUCUAUAUCCAGAAAAUUGGUAAUUUUACCAUCUUGGUAUGAUUACUAUCUCUAGCCAUCAAUAAGAGAGAAGGAAACUGCAAAACUAAUCAUGACAGACACAGCAUGUCAGUUUCUAAAACUUCAUUAUCAUGUGUCCUUCGCAAGACAAUACAUUUUAUUACAUCUUUAUAAUUUUAUAUUUUUUUUAAUGUAAAACUUGAAAAAAAUCUGCCCUAUGGAUAUGACUCCUCUGACCCUUACUGUUUCUUAAUUGCCCCAAUGACUUCCUUUAGAAUGUAAACUCAAUGCCCCAGUUCUCAUCAGUCCCUGUUCCCAUCAAUCCCACCACGCCGUUUCCAUACGCUGAGGAUGAAAAUUGUUGUCCUGCAGUAUGUAGCUUUCAUAUGCUUCAGGAAAGGAAACCAAUUAUUUGUUGAAGCAGGGAUCUCGAAGGAAGCUUUGAACCCCUGCCUAUGAACGCUACAUACUAAGGGUAGUACUUUUGUUCUGCCGCCCACCAGCAUGAAGAAGUGAUGUGCAUCCACGAACACAUGGUGGAAUUGGCAAGCCUUGCUGUGGAAUGUGUUAAUAGUAAUAAAUAAUAGUGAUGUUGUAUAUAACUUGCAAAUUGAAAUACAAAUAGUCGCCGUAACAUUGCGCUUAUCUUUUUUGUCAAUAAAUAAAAUAGCUUUAUUCUUUUAUACUUUUUUUUUUUUCCAUGUCUAAAUCUAAACCUCCUCCUGUCUUCGUUCCCACCACUUCUCCCAUGUCUGCCUCUUCCCCUGGAUCCCUGCCUCCCCUCCUGUCUCUGAUUUGGGUACCAGACAGCAUCCAGCUGUUAGUCUGUACAGCCAAGACUCAGGUUAACCCACCCUCCCCCUCCUUUACUCUGCAAUCUCUCAUCACAGUCACUCGCUAAACGUGGUCUGGCCUGCCAUUAGUGUAACACCCACACUUUGUGCUGUGUAUGAGUGUAAACGUUCUGGGACAGCAGUAAGGGGGGCACAUUGUGUGAAACUCAGAGUAGCUGUGAUGGGGAGUAAUGUAAUAGACUGUUACCGUUAAUAGACUAAUAGACUUUUAACAUUAGUCUGGCAUUUUAAAGAGGACACUUUAAGUCCAUUAAAAUGCACUCAGUAGGUCAAUAGUGAUUAGCAGGGUUAUUCCCAAACACUGGAUUGUACCAAAUUUAAGGCCUUGAUUUCAUAUUUUGGAUAAACCUUUUUUUAUUAUUAUUAUUAUUAUUAUUAUUAAAAAUAUUAAAAUUUCAAAAUGUAUCUCAAGUAUAAAAAAAUUAUAAUUUUUUUCAUAAUAUUAAAUCAUAUUAAAAGUUUAUCCAACAAUAUUAAAUCAUUUGGAUAUCGUAUCCAGCAAUAUUAAAGGAACAGUAUAGUGUAAGGGAUACAAAGCUGCCCCCACAACCUCCCUGGUCCCCACUCCACCAUCCCUCCCACCAUGAAUUUGUUAAAUAAACAUUAAAACACUUACCGGAUUCCAGCACCAGUGUCCCUCAGCGGUGGGUUCAGGCUCCUACUCCGCCAAUGUCAGCCGAUAGGGGACCUAAUGCGCAUGCAUGGCGAGCGUCACGCACAUUGGGCAUUCCCCAUAGGAAAGCAUUGACUCAGUGCGUUCCUAUGGGGAUUUUCAACAUACUGGACGUCCUUAUGCAAAACGUGAGGACGUCCAGCAUUGUUUUACAGAGUCAAACUUUAUUAAACGGCAGGAAGCACCUCGAGUGGCCAUCUAGUAGCUAGGCAGUCUUAACACUAUUGCAGUUUCUCAUAAACUGCAAUGUUUACAUUGCAGGGUUAAGAGAACAUGGACUUCACCCAGACCACUUCAGUGAGAUAAAGUGAUCUGGGUGCCUAUAAUGUCAAUUUAAAUUUAAAUCCUAAUGGCAAAAAUGAAUAAAGCUGAGUUGGAAUUUUUUUUCCAAAUCGUAUAUUUUUUCCUAAAUAUUAUCAUUCAAAUUUAAUUUGCUAAACGUCGUAAACAACAAUAUAAAUGUCACACUUCGGUAAUAGCUGGCCAAACCAGUUGUUAAAUCUAGAAUUAUUACAAUCUAGAUUUAUUAACCAGAUUUUGUAAGCUUUAUUCCAAUUCAGUAUGGACGCCGAAAGCCAUGUUGAACUGAAUUCUUCACAGAGUAACGUGAACAUUUUACGUACACACGGUUUUUAUCAAAAUAAUUUUUUUAUUUUGACUAUUCAUGACUUAGUUAAAAAUGUGCAAAUGUUUUAAAUGGGCAAAGCCUCUUGUUAGUUUGCCAAAUAGUCCAAUUUGAUAGGGCACCUGGUCGUACCAUAGCUUUACGACAAACCGUUUUAGAAGUGCUUUGAUUUAUAACUUACUGUGUUUGUAGUGAUUUGCAGAUCAUUUGUGUAAUCCAGUUUAUUCUCCUCCAUAGACUUGGCAGUUCUUUAAUGAACCAGAGAUAUGUGUGGGUGCAUAAUAAAAUAUGAAACUGCUUGGAGCUCAGUCUGAUGAUAUCACGAGAAAUACUUUUUUAAGUUUGUUUUCAGAAGAAAGGACAGAACGCUGUACAAUAAGUAAACAAACCAAAUAUUCACUUUCAAUUAACUAAUUUCAUUAGGAUUGGUAACACGCACCCUGUAGCCAAAUUGGGACCUGUCCUAUUGAAUAUGGAACUAACGCUGCUAGAUCCACCAUGUUUUUUUCUUAGCAAAUAAAAAGAGCUGCUUUGGAUAAUAUAGUGUUGAUAUGCUGCAGGAGGUUAAAGAGUACAUUAGCUGCAGAACAUGAAUCCUACAUACUACACACGUCGCAAUAUUGGGAGGUAUGAAAUUGGCCUAAAGGGAGCGUGCUAGAUGCCAAUCAGAAAACUGUCCGUCCCACUUGGCAAGGAGUCGGGGCUGCCCAUAGAAGUAAUAAACGUUUGCCAAGCUGAAUCACAGUCUCCAGGCUGUCCCCAGUCAGAGCAGGCUUGAAGCGCUAGUGGUCCCAGUGUGAGCACGUCUAAUGAUGCGCUACGCUGUGCUGGCUGGGGAUAAUUUGGUAAUGUGGCUGGGAUAAUUUGGUAACAUGGCUGGGAUAAUUUGGUAACAUGGCUGGGAUAAUUUGGUAAUAUGGCCGGGAUAAUUUGGUAAUAUGGCUGGGAUAAUUUGGUAACAUGGCCGGGAUAAUUUGGUAACAUGGCUGGGAUAAUUUGGUAAUAUGGCUGGGGACAAUUUGGUAAUAUGGCCGGGACAAUUUGGUAACAUGGCUAGGAUAAUUUGGUAACAUGGCUGGGAUAAUUUGGGAACAUGGCCGGGAUAAUUUGGUAAUAUGGCUGGGAUGGUCCCAUUGAAAUCCGGACAGUUGAGGGGCAGGGAGAAUAUCACUGACCCGUGGUCAAUAUUUGAAUAAAACAUUAAACACAUGAUAAUUCCAGUGAUUUGCUUUUACUGUACUGAAAAUAUAAAAAAAACAGGUUAUCGCCUUUUCUGAGUAGAGAAAUGUCAGAGCUGAAAUGUGUAAUGUAAUAAUAAGUGUGCGUUGGUGAAAUAGUUAGCUCGCUGCGCAUUCCACUGACUUCUUAAUAUAAACAGAGCAGACCCAAAUAUGGGCACACACAGCUGAUGACAUUUAAGGGUUUUCUCGCUAAGACCGAAUUGUAGUGAGCUGGAACUGAUUGGCAAAAUUAAUCAUGAAAUAAAGAAUCUGUGACUGUAGCUUUUUUUCCCCACAAUCCAUAACUUUUUUCAGUGUUCAUUGAAUAAACCAUAUAGUGUGUGCGCAUCUUAACUCAUUCAGUGAUUAACUUGUGUUGGCCGUGCAGUGUGUUGGUUGUAAUGUGUGUUGCUGUGUAAUGGGAUGUGCAGUGUGUUGCAGUGUGUUGGUGGUGCAGUGUGUUGCUGUGUAAUGGAAUGUGCAGUGUGUUGCUGUGUAAUGGGAUGUGCAGUGUGUUGCAGUGUGUUGGUGGUGCAGUGUAAUGGGAUGUGCAGUUGAUGGUGCAGUGUAUUGGUCAUGCAGUGUGUUUCUGUGUAAUGGGUUGUGCAGUGUGUUGGUCGUGCAGUGUGUUGGUUUGUAAUGGAAUGUGCUGUGUGUUGGUGGUGCAGUGUGUUUGUGUGUAAUGGGAUGUGCAGUGUGUUGGUUGUGCAGUGUGUUGAUGUGUAAUGGAAUGUUCAGUGUGUUGGUCAUGCAGUGUGUUGCUGUGUAAUGGGAUGUGCAGUGUGUUGGUGGUGCAGUGUGUUGCAGUGUGUUGGUCAUGCAGUGUGUUGCUGUGUAAUGGGAUGUGAAUUGUGUUGCAGUGUGUUGGUGGUGCUGUGUAAUGGGAUGUGCAGUGUGUUGCAGUGUUUUGGUGGUGCAGUGUGUUGCAGUGUGUUGGUCAUGCAGUGUGUUGCUGUGUAAUGGGAUGUGCAGUGUGUUGCAGUGUGUUGGUGGUGCAGUGUAAUGGGAUGUGCAGUUGGUGGUGCAGUGUAUUGGUCAUGCAGUGUGUUGCUGUGUAAUGGGAUGUGCAGUGUGUUGCAGUGUGUUGGUGGUGCAGUGUAAUGGGAUGUGCAGUUGGUGGUGCAGUGUAUUGGUCAUGCAGUGUGUUGGUCGUGCAGUGUGUUGGUUUGUAAUGGAAUGUGCUGUGUGUUGGUGGUGCAGUGUGUUUGUGUGUAAUGGGAUGUGCAGUGUGUUGGUUGUGCAGUAUGUUGAUGUGUAAUGGAAUGUGCAGUGUGUUGGUCAUGCAGUGUGUUGCUGUGUAAUGGGAUGUGCAGUGUGUUGGUUGUGCAGUGUGUUGGUCGUGCAGUGUGUUGCUGUGUAAUGGGAUGUGCAGUGUGUUGGUCGUGCAGUGUGUUGGUCGUGCAGUGUGUUGCUGUGUAAUGGGAUGUGCAGUGUGUUGGUGUUGCAGUGUGUUGGUCGUGCAGUGUGUUGGUCGUGCAGUGUGUUGCUAUGUAAUGGGAUGUGCAGUGUGUUAGCGAUGCAGUGUGUUGGUGUUGCAGUGUGUUGGUCGUGCAGUGGGUUGCUGUGUAAUGGGAUGUGCAAUGUGUUGGUGGUGCAGUGUGUUGGUUGUGCAGUGUGUUGCAGUGUGUUGGUCGUGCAGUGUGUUGGUCGUGCAGUGUGUUGCUGUGUAAUGGGUUGCAUUCUGUCAGUAAAAGGGUUUCAGAUGCUGUUAUUCCUUAUCUCUGCUAUAUUAUUAGUGGAGGAAUGCUAACAUGUGUCUGUGUUUAUACAUACAGGCAUGUAUUGUGGUAUCGAUGACAUGGAAAGUAACAGAUACCUAUGUGUAUUUAUGUAUAUUUUAUUCAUAUAGAGAAACUGUGUGAGAAGAGUGUUCUGCAUAUACACAACAAACAUCUCUGUAUGCAGAUUGUUCUAUGUACAGUGUGUGUACAGGCAGAGCAGGCUGUUUUAUACAUGGAACAUGUGUGUACAUGCAAAGUAUCAUCUUGUAUGUAUUAUCAGUGUGCGUAUGCCACAUAGCACAUUGUAUGUAUACACAACAAGUAUAUAUGCAAAGCACUAUGUUCUACGAAUAGACAUAAUGUGUAAAUGCUGAGUAGCAUGUUGUAUGUAUAGACAGUGUGUGUGUUGCUGCGUAGCACCUUGUAUGCAUAAACAAUACAUAUACAUGCAAAACAGUGUGUUGUAUGUGCAGAGUGUGUUUACUCAGACAGACAUAUUGUAUGUAUAGACAGUGUGUGUACAUGCAGGGUGACAUGUUGUAUGUAGACAGUGUGUGUACAUGGAGCAUGACAUGUUGUAUGUAUAGACCUGUGUGUACAUGCAGGGUGACCUGUUGUAUGUAUAGCUAGUGUGUGUACAUGCAGGAUUACCUGUUGUAUGUAGAUAGUGUGUGCACAUGCAGGGUGACCUGUUGUAUGUAUAGACAGUGUGUGUACAUUCAGGGUUGUAUGUGUAGAUAGUGUGUGCACAUGCAGGGUGACUUGUUGUAUGUAUAGCCAGUGUGUGUACAUGCAGAGUGACCUGUUGUAUGUACAUACAGUGUGUGUACACACAGGGUGACCUGUUUUAUGUAUAGAUAGUGUGUGCACAUGCAUGGUGACCUGUUGUAUGUAUAGGCAGUGUGUGUACAUGCAGGAUGACUUGUAGUAUGUAUAGACAGUGUGUGUGUACAUGCAGGGUGACAUGUAUGUAUAUACAGUGUGUGUACAUGCAGGGUGACCUGUAGUAUGUAUAGACACUGUGUGUACAUGCAUGGUGACAUGUUGUAUGUAUAGCCAGUGUGUGUACAUGCAGAGUGACCUGUUGUAUGUAUAAACAGUGUGUGUACAUGCAUGGUGACCUGUUGUAUGUAUAGGCAGUGUGUGUACAUGCAUGGUGACCUGUUGUAUGUAUAAACAGUGUGUGUACAUGCAUGGUGACAUGUUGUAUGUAUAGGCAGUGUGUGUACAUGCAGGGUGACAUGUUGUAUGUUUAGGCAGUGUGCGUACAUGCAUGGUGACCUGCUGUAUGUAUAGGCAGUGUGUGUACAUGCAGGGUGACAUGUUGUAUGUAUAGACAUUGUGUGUACAUGCAGGGUGACGUGUUGUAUGUAUAGGCAGUGUGUGUACAUUCAGGGUUACAUGUUGUAUGUAUAGGCAGUGUGUGUACAUGCAGGGUGACAUGUAUGUAUAGACAGUGUGUGUACAUGCAUGGUGACCUGUUGUAUGUAUAGGCAGUGUGUGUACAUGCAGGGUGACAUGUUGUAUGUUUAGGCAGUGUGCGUACAUGCAUGGUGACCUGCUGUAUGUAUAGGCAGUGUGUGUACAUGCAGGGUGACAUGUUGUAUGUAUAGACAGUGUGUGUACAUGCAGGGUGACGUGUUGUAUGUAUAGGCAGUGUGUGUACAUUCAGGGUUACAUGUUGUAUGUAUAGGCAGUGUGUGUACAUGCAGGGUGACAUGUAUGUAUAGACAGUGUGUGUGCAUGCAUGGUGACCUGUUGUAUGUAUAGGCAGUGUGUGUACAUGCAGGGUGACAUGUUGUAUGUAUAGGCAGUGUGUGUACAUGCAGGGUGACAUGUUGUAUGUAUAGGCAGUGUGUGUACAUGCAGGGUGACAUGUUGUAUGUAUAGGCAGUGUGUGUACAUGCAGGGUGACAUGUUGUAUGUAUAGGCAGUGUGUGUACAUGUAGGGUGACAUGUUGUAUGUAUAGACAGUGUGUGUACAUGCAGGGUGACAUGUUGUAUGUAUAGGCCAUGUAUGUACAUGCAGAGCUGGAUUAUGUGUACAGAGCAGCCCUUGCACUGGGUAUAUAGUCUGUAUUUUAUCCAUGUGCGUGAGUUUCUUGUUUCUCUGUCUGUCAGACUAUCAGUUCAUCUGUGCACAUCAAAACGGCAGCGCCUUAGCACAGUCUACACAUGUCAUAAAUUGUAAAUAAACCCCCAUCAUGUCAGCUCUCUGUGUCCAUAAUGUUCUCCUACACACCGCUUCCCUCUCAGUCUGUACUAACACAACUCUCUGUCUCUCACUCUCUUCUGUGUCUCUCAUUCUCUGUCUCUCACUCCAUUCUCUCUCUCUCUCUCUCACUCCAUUCUCUGUCUCUCACUCUCUGUCUCUCACUCUCUUCUGUGUCUCUCACUCUCUGUCUCUCACUCCAUUCUCUGUCUCUCACUCUCUCUCACUCUCUUCUGUGUCUCUCACUCUCUGUCUCUCACUCCAUUCUCUCUCUCUCACUCCACUCUCUGUCUCUCACUCCAUUCUCUCUCUCUCACUCCAUUCUCUGUCUCUCACUCUCUGUCUCUCACUCUCACUCUAUUCUCUGUCUCUCACUCUCUUCUCUGUCUCUCACUCUCAUUCUCUGUCUCUCACUCUCUUCUCUGUCUCUCACUCUCUCUAUUCUCUCUCACUCUCUCUAUUCUCUGUCUCUCACUCUAUUCUCUGUCUCUCUCUAUUCUCUGUCUCUCACUCUAUUGUCUGUCUCUCACUCUAUUGUCUGUCUAUCUCUAUUCUCUCACUCUCUGUCUCUCUCUAUUCUCUGUCUCUCUAUAUUCUGUCUCUCACUCUCUGUCUCUCUAUUCUCUGUCUCUCUCUAUUCUCUGUCUCUCACUCCAUUCUCUGUUUCUCACCCUCACUCUAUUCUCUGUCACUCUCUAUUCUCUGUCUCUCACUCCAUUCUCUGUCUCUCACUCUAUUCUCUGUCUCACUCUCUUCUCUGUCUCUCACUCCAUUCUCUGUCUCUCACUCUCUCUCUAUUCUCUGUCUCUCACUCUCUCUGUAUUCUCUGUCUCUCUGUCUCUCACUCUCUUCUCUCAUUCCUAUCGGUUAUUAAGUGAUAUUUCAAAGUGAAUUUCAGAUUUAAGGCCCGAGUAGCCGCACUAUCAGAAUAGCUGACUAGCUGACAAUGUUUCCAGUUCGGCUGUUUUGACCUUAAAUUUUAAAUUCACAUUAAAUUUCUCGCUUCUCAAACCACAUAUACUCACACACUCUCUCUCUCACACCCUCUACCUCUCUCUCUCGUUGGUUCCUUAUAAUCACCGGCAUGCUCUCAUUUCCCCUCCUUACCUCCUCAUACUCUCUACUCUCGUUCCCUCCUGACACUCUCUGUGCUCGUAUCCCCUCCUGACACUCUCUUUACUCUCAUCCCCUCCUGACACUCUCUUUACUCUCAUCCCCUCCUGACACUCUCUCUUCUCUCAUUCUCUACUGACACUCUCUUUGCUCUCACCCCCUCCUGACACUCUCUGUGCUUGUAUCCCCUCCUGACACUCUCUUUACUCUCAUCCCCUCCUGACACUCUCUUUGCUCUCACCCCCUCCUGACACUCUCUUUGCUCUCAUCCCCUCCUGACACUCUCUUUACUCUCACCCCCUCCUGACAUUCUCCGUGCUCUCAUCCCCUCCUGACACUCUCUGUGCUCUCGUCUCCUCCUGACACUCUCUGUGCUCUCACCCCCUCCUGACACUCUCUCUCUGCUCUCGCCCCCUCCUGACACUCUCCGUGCUCUCGUCCCCUCCUGACACUCUCCGUGUUCUCGUCCCCUCCUGACACUCUCUCUCUGCUCUCGUCCCCUCCUGACACUCUUUGCUGUCCCUUUCUCAUUUCCUGCUUAGUUUAUUUCCCCUCCUCUCUCUUUCUGCCCUUUUUAUUCUCAUGCACUCUACUGUCUUCGUUUUCAUCCCCUCUCUCUCUUUUAUCUGUUUCCAAUUAACUCCUUCUCUCUCUUUUUUCAUCACGUCCUUCCUUAGCUAUCUCUCUCUCUCUCUCUCAUUGACCCCCAGUCCCUCUCUCCAUCCAUAUUUUACAUGCUGCUAUAAAUGCUCCUUUGUGUUUCUGGGCCAUUUCCAGACCGCUCUCCCUGCUCUACACAUGUAACUAAUAAUAUCCAUGAGAGCUGAAACAACAUCUGUCUUAUCCUAGUCCUAGAGGUGCCACAAGGUUCUGUGUCCCCUUUGUAGAAUCCUAGUGGUGCCAAUGUAUAUCAUCUUCGCAUAAUCAGAGCUUCAGUCUCUGUUAUGUAUGUAUUCUGUCCUAUAGGUACCUCACUGUGUAUUCCCUGCAUUCUGUCCUAGAGGUACCAGGCUCUGUAUUUGAGUCCAGUCCUAGAGGUGCCAGGCUCUGUAUUUGAGUCCAGUCCUAGUGGUGCCAGGCUCUGUAUUCUGUCCUAGAGGUGCCAGACUCUGUAUUCUUUGAGUCCAGUCCUAGAGGUGCCAGGCUCUGUAUUUGAGUCCAGUCCUAGUGGUGCCAGGCUCUGUAUUCUGUCCUAUAGGUGCCAGGCUCUGUAUUCUUUGAGUCCAGUCCUAGAGGUGCCAGGCUCUGUAUUCUGUCCUAGAGGUGUCAGGCUCUGUAUUCUGUCCUAGAGGUACCAGGCUCUGUAUUCUUUGAGUCCAGUCCUAGAGGUGCCAGGCUCUGUAUUUCUUGAGUCUAGUCCUAGAGGUGUCAGGCUCUGUAUUUCUUGAGUCUAGUCCUAGAGGUGUCAGGCUCUGUAUUCUUUGCGUCCAGUCCUAGAGGUGCCAGGCUCUGUAUUCUUUGAGUCCAGUCCUAGAGGUACCAGGCCCUGUAUUUGGCCAGGCUCUGUAUUUGAGUCCAGUCCUAGAGGUGUCAGGUUCUGUAUUCUUUGAGUCCUGUCCUAGAGGUGUCAGGCUCUGUAUUUGAGUCUGGUCCUAGAAGUGUCAAGCUCUGUAUUCUUUGAACCAAAGUGAAUCUAGUAUGAACUGGGUAUGAAUCCAGACCUUACUAGUCGAAUGAGUGAAGCGCUAUAUAUUUUCACUUACCCUAAUUUAGGGUUAAAUCUCAGAUGUAUGUUGAUACAUAAAAGUAAAGAAAACACAAUACAACACAAUAUAGUGUAAAUCUAUAAAUAAUGGGGAUUUUUGAUGUUAUAACAAUGGUCAAACUCACAUGGAAUAGAGCCUCAAACAGGACAGGCUCAAGUCACUUUCACCGUAGUGUCGUAAGGAGACACUGCACCCUUUGACUGGAUUAGAAUUUCCUCAAAGAAAGAAAAAAGGAGAAAAAGGGGAGAAGCCCCCUAGUGUACUAUGUUUUGACUUAAUAGUUACAUACACAGUAGUUAUGGUGGUGCUCACCUUCUUUUGAGCCAAUGAGAACCUGGCUCUGGAUGGUAGACUUAGGUGCCUCUGGAGGGGGGCACCAACCCUUCUUUUAACAGCAAGGCAAAGUAGGAAGCCAAUGGGAUAUAGUAAAAAAUAAUAAAUCCUAGAGGUGCCAGGCUCUGUAUUCUUUUAGUCCCAUCCUAGAGGUACCAGGUUCUGUAUUCUUUGAGUCCAGUCCUACAGGUGUCAGGCUCUGUAUUUGAGUCCGGUCCUAGAGGUGUCAGGCUCUGUAUUCUUUGAGUCUAGUCCGAGAGGUGACAGGUUCUGUAUUCUUUGAGUCCAGUCCUAGUGGUGCCAGGCUCUGUAUUCUUUGAGUCCAGUCCUAGAGGUGUCAGGCUCUGUAUUUGAGUCCAGUCCUAGAGGUGCCAGGUUCUGUAUUCUUUGAGUCCCGUCCUAUAGGUGUCAGGCUCUGUAUUUGAGUCCAUUCCUAGAGGUGCCAGGCUCUGUAUUCUUUGAGUCUAGUCCUAGAGGUGCCAGGCUCUGUAUUUGAGUCCAGUCCUAGAGGUGCCAGGCUCUGUAUUCUUUGAGUCUAGUCCUAGAGGUGCCAGGCUCUGUAUUCUUUGAGUCUAGUCCUAUAGGUGUCAGGCUCUGUAUUUGAGUCCAGUCCUAGAGGUGCCAGGCUCUGUAUUCUUUGAGUCUAGUCCUAGAGGUGCCAGGCUCUGUAUUUGAGUCCAGUCCUAGAGGUGCCAGGCUCUGUAUUCUUUGAGUCUAGUCCUAGAGGUGCCAGGCUCUGUAUUCUUUGAGUCUAGUCCUAUAGGUGUCAGGCUCUGUAUUUGAGUCCAGUCCUAGAGGUGCCAGGCUCUGUAUUCUUUGAGUCUAGUCCUAGAGGUGCCAGGCUCUGUAUUUGAGUCCAGUCCUAGAGGUGCCAGGCUCUGUAUUCUUUGAGUCCAGUCCUAUAGGUGCCAGGUUCUGUUUUCCAUUAACCCAAUCUUCGCAGACUUGUUGUACCGUGCGGAGGUGCCAGGCUGUGUAUUCAUAUUGUCAUUGUAGUCCAUGCCAGACUUGGUUUAUUCUUCGCACUGUGGUAGGGGCUGCCAAGGUAUUUAUUAAUCCAUUAAAACGCUUUCCAUAUGAGCUGUGGUGCUGGCGUUUCACUGUGUAGCGGUGGGCUAGCUGUGUCAGUCUCUGGUUUAAUUGGCCUGAUGCUUUAUUGCUUGCGUUCCAUCUACUCUGCUUCAAACCCUUCAACUUCAGGCGUUAGGAGCAGUUUACACCAAAAUGGGCGUCCAGGUUCAUCCAGCGAAGUAAUUCAUGGUAGUUUUGCUCAAUGUCUGACUCACCUAGCGUUGCUGACACCACUAUAUUUUCUGGGAAGGGAAUCCCUUCAUAUUGAUGGGCAUUACAUGAAAAAUAUGCCCUGUAGAAGUUAGUAUUCAAAUGCUGGAAGGGAAAAUCAAUCAACUAAUCACUUUCCUUCACGCAGUCUGUAUAUUCUGCAAACUAUUCUGUUUUUCAUGUACCGCUUAACCCCUUAAGGACCAAACUUCUGGAAUAAAAGGGAAUCAUGACAUGUCACACAUGUCAUGUGUCCUUAAGGGGUUAAACAAAAUGAUAAUUGCUCAGAAAUACAACCCUACCCUCCACCUUCGUCCCCUUCAGAAAUAUUUAAUGUGAAUAAUGGCUCGUGGUUCUAAACACACGGUUCCACCAUGGCUUCCUGCCCGAGCCCUUGUGUACUAUAUUUUUUAAUGAUAUUUGGACAGACACUCUGACUGGCAUCGAUGCUCAAUGCUUUGUCUCUGUUCUACAAGUUCCAUACAUAAUCUACAUUCCAAUAGGUAUUUACUACAGUGAGAAUUCAAAGUAAAUUUCAAAUCUAAGGCCAAAGAAACCGAACUGGAAAAAUUCUCUAAGCUACCAUCUAUGCUUUCAGUUUGGCUACUUUAGCCUAACAUUUGAAAUUCUCACUUUGUUGACUAUCCCUGUCUGUUUCUUCCCCUAGGGCGUUAUUCACCAAACCAGUAUUCCCCUAAAUAGUUUAGACAUUUUCGAGUCCUGUUGCAGUAUUGAUGAAACAUUUGUAAAAUGGGUACCAUUGAGUAUCCAUGAGGAUUAGUUUACUCGUAUCUAGCAAUCCCCAGUCCCAAGCAUGGCUCUUGUUUAUUUUGUAGAUUCAAUCUGUUUGUUUCAUUUAUCCAGUCCCAAUCUGUUUUCCUGGUGCAUUCCUUUCUACAUUGGGGAUAGGGGUUGUCUCUUUAAUUAAAAAUGUCCUGUUACCAAAAUAAUCAUCAUCUAAUCUGCUUCUAUAUUGCCCCAUGUGUCUGAACCUCUUGUGAUUUAUUUCCUGAGUGGUCUUGUGUUCAUUAAAUAUAUAAAUAACAGUAGGGAUAGACUACUUUUCCUUGUGUAUAGCAUCCCCCCUAAAAUGUGUCCUUUACCUAGUUUAUUUGUCUACUAAAAUUAGGAGCCGGACAUUAGGUGACGACUGAUAUUUAAACUGUGACAUACAAUUCUAAAGGCAUCUUCAAACCCAUCUCUCAGCUGCGUUACAUAGAGCUCAGUCAGUAACAUAUAUUGUGGUAUACAAUGUAUACAAUUUAUAGAUCACAUAAUUACACCACACACACAGCUCAUUUCACAGAAAUUACCACAUGGUAAACAUUAAAUAUAGUAAUCAAUGCACAUAACAUAUUGUAAAUUCUACAUACUACAAUCUAAACCUUCUACACCUAGUUGGAAUGUAGUAGACGCGGUCCUGUGUACUGUUUUACCCUGAAUGGGUUCUAAUUGAAUUUCUUAAUUUUGACUUUAAUUUUCCAGUGCUCUCAUCAGUUCUCCUCAAUUUCCAGUUUAGUGAGUGAAAAGAUAAAUAAAUACAUUUUGAAAAAACAUCAAUAUCUCUGUGAUUUCUCUAUUUGUAAAACUCUGACAAAUAAUAUUAUCACAAAAAAGAUAAAUUGGGGCAUUUUAUUGGAUAAAAUACUUCAAGCUCUCUCAAUUUAUAUGGCAACAUGGCUGCUAUGAGAAAAGUUAAUUUUGCUAGUGGUAUAAUGGUAUAGGUCAGGCUGAAAUAAGAUUGUGAUGGCCUGUAGCGUGCCGGUCCUAUUUUCUUAAAAUUGAGGUGUGCAUGUUGCCAUAUUCUGCUUGUGUUAUUUAUACUGUAGUUGCUUUGUAUCGUUGUAUUUGUGUGUAUAUGAGCUAUUAUGUUGUAUGUGUUCAUGCGUAGUUUGUGGUAUCGUGUAUGAUACCUAUGAAUGUCGGCUGUGUAUGUCACAUUGUGUGUUUGGUAGUGUGUGUAUGUGUGGGGCUGUUUAGGGUAUUGCAUGUGAGAGGCUGCAUGUGGCGUUGUGUGCAUGUAUAUGGAUUGUCAGUGGUGUUGAGUUUGUGCGGAUUGUGUGUAUGUUUGUGUGUGGGCUGCUAUUAUUUGUAUGAGGGGAGGGUUAUUCUGCAUCUCUGUGUAUAUAUAGGAGUGUGGGUGGCUUCCUUGGGUUCCAGUGGGUACCAGGCUGACCAUAUACAUGUCAAGGGCAGGAGCUGCAAUAGCUGCCGAGGGCUGCUCUACUAUCCAGUGUGGAUUCCCAUUCACAAGUACUGGGAGCAUAUGAUCUGAGAUCACUUCUUCCACGUGCUGCAAUUCAUAAAUUGAGGAUUGUCCUUCAUCACCUUUUCGUAUUAGCAGAUAUCUGAAGUUUCACUGGGACUCCUGAUAGGCCAGAACCUAAUUGUCUCUAGCAGCCUUGAGUGCCAUGCAAAAGCACCUAGAGUGCCAGGCAUGGCACACGUACCAUAGGUUGCCUACCCCUUGUAUAGGUAAAGGAACACUAUAGUGUCAGAAGCACAAACCCUAAAGUGCUAAAAUCACUAUCUUAUUUCCAGUCUGCCGUGCUAGCUCUGCCCCUGAUCUGGCUCCUUGGCUGACAUCAUCAGAAGUGAUGAUCUCAGCCAAUCACAAUGCUUUUCUAUAGCAAAGCAUUGAAUUGGCUGAGAUUGUCAAGUCUGAUGAAUUGACGAGGUGUGCCGGGGCAGAGCCAAACGCUGCCCUUGCCAAUCCGUAUAUCAUCAUAAAGAUGCAUUGAAUCAAUGCCCCAGGAAGCACCUCUAGUAGCCAUCUGAGGACUGGCCACUGUCCCCAGGCUGUAAUGUAAACACUGCCUUUUUUCUGAAAAGACAAAGUUUACUGCAAAAAGCCUGCCUGUAGUUGUUCUGAUGACUAUAGUGUAUCUUUAAGUUUGCCAGUUAUGUGUUGUCUUGCUGUCAUAUUAAUUCAAUUAUAAUUAUUAUUAUUUUUUUUUUUAAGGGACAAUCUUCUUCUCAUUAUUCUGUUUUCUCCUGUAUCAUAGGUGUUUGCUUGUGGGGUACAGCAUGACGUGAACAAAAGUAAGAAAGACUUUUUCCGUUUUGGUACAUUUUUAUGAUAUUUAGAGGUUAGAUAUGUUACGCUCUGUACCUCCUUUUGGUGUCACUCUGGGAGGGACAAACUCCAUGUCCCAUAGCUCCCUCCUGUCUGUGUCACCCUGUGUUGGGAGGGACAGACUCCAUGUCCCAUAACUUCCUCCUGUCUGUGUCACCCUGUGUUGGGAGGGACAGACUCCAUGUCCCAUAGCUUCCUCCUGUCUGUGUCACCCUGUGUUGGGAGGGACAGACUCCAUGUCCCAUAGCUUCCUCCUGUCUGUGUCACCCUGUGCUGGGAGGGACAGACUCCAUGUCCCAUAGCUCCCUCCUGUCUGUGUCACCCUGUGCUGGGAGGGACAGACUCCAUGUCCCAUAGCUCCCUCCUGUCUGUGUCACCCUGUGCUGGGAGGGACAGACUCCAUGUCCCAUAGCUCCCUCCCUGUCUGUGCUGUCUGUGUCACCUGUGCUGGGAGGGACAGACUCCAUGUCCCAUAGCUCCCUCCUGUCUGUGUCACCCUGUGCUGGGAGGGACAGACUCCAUGUCCCAUAGCUCCCUCCUGUCUGUGUCACCCUGUGCUGGGAGGGACAGACUCCAUGUCCCAUAGCUCCCUCCUGUCCUGUGUCAGCCUGUGCUGGGUGGGACAGACUCCAUGUCCCAUAGUUCCCUCCUGUCUGUGUCACCCUGCGCUGGGAGGGACAGACUCCAUGUCCCAUAGCUCCCUUCUGUCUGUGUCAUCCUGUGCUGGGAGGGACAGACUCCAUGUCCCAUAGCUCCCUCCUGUCUGUGUCACGCUGUGCUGGGAGGGACAGACUCCAUGUCCCAUAGUUCCCUCCUGUCUGUGUCACCCUGUGCUGGGAGGGACAGACUCCAUGUCCCAUAGCUCCCUCCUGUCUGUGUCACCCGGUGCUGGGAGGGACAGACUCCAUGUCCCAUAGUUCCCUCCUGUCUGUGUCACCCUGUGCUGGGAGGGACAGACUCCAUGUCCCAUAGCUCCCUCCUGUCUGUGUCACCCUAAGUUGGCAGGGACAGACUGUCUGUUUCCAAUGUGUUCUAUAAUAUUUUAGUUAAACCCUAUAAUACUCUACUUGUACAGGGGUUGUGAGGCACUCGCUCUGGAAUGAGUUCAGAUGGGGCACUGAGAGCUGUCUGUCUGCUCCCUGGUGUUGAAAUAACGCAUUUCAUCUAAUUUCUCCUGAACUCCAGCUUCUCCUCUAAUCUUAUGCCAGAAGAAGGGGGAGAGGGGUCUGCUUUCUGUCACUGAGACAAUGGGAGACCCUGCCCUCUUAACUAAUUCACUUCCAUUAGUUUGUAUAAGUGUUUUCUACAUUAUUUUACCUUUUACUCUACAUAGUCUCAUCCUAUUAAUUGCUACAUAUAUACUCUCCUUAUAACUCCUCCUAUUACUCCAUAUAACCUCUCCCUAUAACUCCUCCUAUUACUCCAUAUAACCUCUCCCUAUAACUCCUCCUAUUACUCCAUAUAACCUCUCCCUAUAACUCCUCCUAUUGCUCCAUAUAACCUCUCUCUAUAACUCCUCCUAUUACUCCAUAUAACCUCUCUCUAUAACUCCUCCUAUUACUCCAUAUAACCUCUCUCUAUAACUCUCCUAUUACUCCAUAUAACCUCUCUAUAACUCCUCCUAUUACUCCAUAUAACCUCUCCUAUAACUCCUCCUAUUAUCCAUAUAACCUCUCCCUAGAACUCCUCCUAUUACUCCAUGUAACCUCUCUCUAUAACUCCUCCUAUUACUCCAUAUAACCUCUUUCUAUAACCCCCCAUUAGCUUGAUAUAAAAAUUUAAUCCAGAAUUCCUUAUUCUGAGUUCUUGUAAAAUUCUAUUUCUUUGCAAAUCUAUGGCAUAAUACAGAUACACUAGGUAAACAUAUUCAAAUGCUGUAUUUUCUGUGUACUCUGCAUUUUAUCUUAUGACUAGAGGUACGCUCCGUAUAAAGGCCUGAGUUCCCCUUGACCCUAAUUAUUCCCAGCGGGGUUUGCAUUGGGUGAGGCUGUGCUGGCAGGUUGCCGGCCAGUAACAAGAGUGGGGUAGAAUUGUUUAUUUAUUGAGAAAAUGAAUUCCAUAAAAGGGGAAGAGACGUAGGAUAAGACAGAGGGUUAACGAAGAGCAGAAAUUCUGAGUGACUUUGGAAAAAGAGAAGUAGAGGAAAGGAUUAAGUAUAUUAUUUCAGAGAAGAAAUGCAAGUGAUUGCUACUUCGUUAAACAUGGGGAUCAUGUAUAAGGCUGUGGAAUGGCAUGCUGGGAAUGUGUCUAAAUAAAAGUAAAUUAUUACGUGGGAUAUAAGUUUUUAUAGCGACAAAGUAACAAAACAUAAAACCUAUGUAGGUUAAGAGUAAUGUUUAUCACCAGGAUAGUAAAACUAUAAUGUGUCAUUUUUUAAAUAUCUUUUGUUCUUGUUAUAUUGCCAUAAGCUACUCAGGCAUUCUGCAUAAUGUCUAGGUGUCUUCAUAAUGGCAGAGCAGAAUCUGCUAAUAUAUUAAAUAGAAUACAAAGGGUAACAGACAUAUUAAAAUAAGAAUUGGGAUGGUGACUUUAAGGGACACUCCACUGCGCAAACAGAAAAGUUAAAUAUUACUGUUUAGUAGAUAAAGCACAAUUCUAAACAUGCAUGUAUUUAAAUAUGCAAAGGCUGCAGAUCUCUUAUCUGCAGCCUCUGCAAAGCCUCUCCUCCUAACCCUGCCCAGACUUUCUGUGACUGUCCAAUUGCAGACUUCUCAAAAAGUCUUUGCAAGGCAGGUGUUCUGGGCAAUUUCUGCCUCUUGAAUUUUGCUCCACUGAGCUAAACAAACCAGGAAGUAUCAGGAAGUGUUUUCUGAUUGACAGCAAGGGGGGUGGAACCAAGCUAAUUUAUAAAAGUGCCAAUUUCUAUUGAAAUUAAGAGGACACAGCAGGACACAAAUAAUGAUGCCAGCCACCUACACACAUUACACAUAGACCUAUGCCACCCAUCAGAUUAAUUAACCUCCGUUCCCCCCCCCGCCCGCCCUCAUCAGAUAUAAAACAACACAAACCUAUUAACGGCGGACAGGGCUAUCUUACACCCUGCAACCGAACACCCCCAACCUCACAACCAUAUUCACAGCAACAGCGGGGGGGAAAAAUAAAAAAUAAAAUAUUAUAUUAUAUUAUAACCAUACUACUGAACCUAGCCCUCCCAACCCCUGCAACAGCUCACUAAAAACACAGUAGGGCUCACCUAGGGGCACAUGCACUAGAAACGCAAACUAAUCUCUCACACAUCAGGUAUCAACCGGUUGUUGUGAAGUUGAUGUCUCAAGCACAUUUUUAGUACACAUUAGGCACUACACCGAAGUCAUAUUUACCCUGCUUUACCAUGUGUACUUAUUUUCUUUAAUCACUCUACGCAUUACUUGCUUGUUAUACAUUUCAAAUGUAAAAUGUGCAACCUCUUAACUAUGCCAAUGAUUGUCAUGGAAUUGCUCGCAGUCGCUAUCGUGGCGUUGCAAGCGUGUUUUGUAACCACAUGCACAAGUAAAAUAAAGAAUAAAAAAAAAAAAGAAAUUAAGAGGACACACAUAAAGCACUUCAGCUCGUUAAACAUUGUCAUUUUGGAGAAAAUUCAUAAAGACUAUGGUGGAAUUUCAAUAAAAUCCCUGUGUAAUCAGAAGAUAUUGUAAGAUGAAGUUGAGUCGCUUUUAUCUUUUGAGCAGACAGUUUUGACAAAAUGCGGCAAAUGCAGGAGCUUCAAGCAGCUGCAACGACCACACUUUGCUAUUUUCCAUUGGCUUUUGCGAGCAGUGGCUGAUGGGAACAGUCAUCGUCUUGUGAAAGGCAAUAUACUGGCCAUACAUUAUACCUCAUUGGCAGUUUUGAUAAUGUCAUUACAAGACACUUUUGGCACACAGGCCCAGUUGAUUAAGCACUCAGCUAACAUGUCCACAGACUGUCGCAGUAUCCCCAAAUAAGAGAGAUAAAGCUACUGUUUCAGUGGGUAAAAAACAAAAACGACUUUAUGCAACUAAAGAAUUAGUCUAUUACCAUAACCACUGCAGUCCGCUGUAUUGGUUAUAUGGCCAGGAAUGCCCUGGGGCCAUCCCUCGGUAUGUGGUUAAACGGUUAUGGUUUGACAACUUACCUUGGUUCUCUUGGCGCCUCUCUCUGUACAAUAAAACCGGCCAGGAUCACUAUCAUUGGCUGCGAGCACUAUGGUGACGCUUGCGGCCAAUAAACGCAGCUCUGUGUCGCUCUAUAGCGAUAUCUGGAUUCUUCUGCGGGUGAAGAACGGGAGCAGUUUCUGGGGCCGCAGGCGGUAAGACAGCGGUUUGACUUAUAUCUCUUAUUUCCUUUCUCACCCGGCAGACAGAAGUCAUAUUUCAUAUAUUGAUCAUAUUGCCAUAUUCUAUUUCUUUCUGAUCGGACCAUUUGGGCAGAAGAAUGGAGAGUUUUUACUAGUACUUCGGCUGAGCAGAUGAUCAUAAUUAUCCCAAUUACACAACAUUGUUUUUUCAUACACAUAUAAAAUGUAUUUUUGCAUCGCUGACUUACCAGCUUUGACUGUUUUGCUGAACUACGCAAUCAUAUUUUUUUUACAAAAACAAACCAAAAAAUGGUUUGACUACUAACCAGUGCUACGUCAUGCCAGGUACCCUAAGUAUUACAGCGGGCUGUAUUAGUUAUGGUGCUCAAGAUGCCAAUUUAGCAGUUUAACAACCAAUGACAUGAAGGCAUUUCCUUUAUCUGUGUUCUGUAUUUGGUUUAUAUCACAAUAACUCCAUAUGGAGAAAAUCUAUAAACAAAAUACCACAAAGUGCUAUUGCUCCCACGUACUACCUCAAGUACCCAAACCAUAGAAUAUAUGAAAUAGAGAAUGCACACUAGAAUCACUACAAAGAGUCAUGCAAAUACUUUAAUAAACCAAUAAUUGGUACAAUAAGCAUUAAGCAAAAUAUAAAGUAACAAUAUAUAGGCAUAACAAAACAAACAGUAAUAAUUACCACAAUCCUCACAAGCCUAUUCUGGCAGAAACACGAGCCCCCAAUACCCCCAACUCAGCCAGUAGGUGCCGAAACAUUGGUCAGGACAUCUAAAUUGGUUACAGCGUUAUUCCCAAACAUCCACCGUGGCUUAAUGAAGGGUAAAACAGACAUUUUAUUCAACAACUGGCAUAUAUUUAUUUAGGCAUUCCCAACAGUGAGUCAUCAAACCAAAUAAUACAAUCCCAGGCGGCACUUUGGCGUCUGUUACAUAACUCAAUCAACGUCCAGGUAAGUUAAUUAAUUACCAGACACCUGGGUGCCUUACAAUGCUAUCCCCAAAGCAGAGUGCUCCCCAUAAAGCUCUGUUUCUGAGGGCUAAGCUGUUGAAAAAGCGGUGCAGAGUCCCAGAAUGUACUGCACUAAGCCCCAAUCUCCAAUAAUUGCUUCUUGGGGCCUCGUAUUAGGGAUCUUCCACAAGUCCUUGGUGUCUCUGGAUGCCUCAUCUUCUCCCUGUUCAACAAGGGUAGGCUGAGAGCUAACUUGCCCCCAGCUGCCUUAGCUGGUCAUUGUAAUUCAAGGUUCACAUCCACCUUAGCUGAGUCUCUGCAUUGGGGCCUUUAGAUACCUCGUAGAACCCAGGUAUAACUAUAACUGUUUUUCAAGUUCUUUUUUCUGUCCUUUCUGAGAUAAUGUUAGUAAUCGGCAUUCCCAUCAUGCUGGUGGUGCCCGUUUCUGUAUGGCAUUAUUACAUACCUCCCAACAGUGGUAUGAGUUGGUUGAUUCAUUCAUUGAUGACCAUACAAAAUAGGCAUGCAUUGCAGAUCAAGCAAGAUGGCUGACAUCAUUUCAUCAUACUACUACCCUACAUGUAGUAUGUUCACAUGGAUGUUGUACAUUAUAUUAGAAGAUUCAAAUGGUUUUUUGGCUUGAAAGUGGUGCUGUUAUUUUUAUUUUUCAUGUCUUUAUGAAUACAUGUAAAAACGACGGCGAAUUUCAACAUAAUAUAAAUGGGUGAAACCGGGACAAAAAAAAGGAUUAAAUACAAAAAAAUUGCAAAAUGACAUUGCUGUUUUAUUGAUUUCUCGUUGCUUAUAGCUGGGGAAGAUGAACGUUGCCUAUCUCUACAAUAACUCAUAUUCAGCGUUAUCAGUUCACAUAGUGAUUAUCAGACACUCCCUUUUUUUUUUGCACGCAGCGAAUGUCUAAUAAAUAACCAUGAUGGGCAAAAGAGAUAAGACUUUUUCAACUCACAUGGAGUCACAUGUAAAAGUUUCUUUGCAGACUAUCUCACCAGCUGCAAACUGUUCUUGUGACAGCAGCAGAGAGGGGGCAACAAGUGACUCAUGCCACUAUCGCUAGCUAUGUGUUGGUUACUGAUAGAUUUAACCCUUUCAGUUGACGUGCAAAUCUUAGGUGUAUUUAUUUUCAUACAGAGGAAUGGGCCGUUGUAUGUGCACCUUGUGACUGACUGUUAGUAUUAUUUAAGCUGUAUACAUUUGGAAUGCUGCUGUAAAUGUUUUGAAUAUUGAAUGUUGUUUUUUGUAAUACUGAAACAGCACCAUGCUAGGCAACCUUUGGCACUCCAGAUGCUGGUAAAGCAUCAGGGGAGUUGUGGUCCACAACAUCUGGAGUGCCAAAGGUGACCUACCCCCUGCCUGUCGUUACAGCUCAGCUAAUAAUGGAGCUAUUUUAACCUCUUUAAGACCAGGAACGUACCAAGUCUGUUAUGGUAUAGAAAUGGUUACACAAGGGGUUAGGUUCUUUAAAUGGCGCCACGGUUAGGUUUGGGGCAUGGGGUGCAUACAGUUUUGGAAGGUACCUUCCUUUAAAAUGCUGUGGAAUGUAAAAAAAAAGAGAGAAAAUUUGCGCCAUUUUUGUGUGUGUCUGUGUGUCAAGGUGUGUGUAUCUGUGUUUGUAUGUGCCAGUGUGUAUCUGUGUGUCAAUAUGUAUCUGUGUGUGUGCGUAUGUAUCUGACACACAGAUACACACACACACUGGCACAUAGUGGCGCACAGAUACACACACUGACACACAGAUAGACACACCAUGUGUAUCUGUAUGUGUGUAUGUAUGUAUGUAUGUAUCUGUGUGUCAAGGUGUAUGCAUCGGUGUGUCAAGGUGUGUGUAUUUGUGUGUCAAAGUGUGUGUAUCUGUGUUUGUGUGUGUCUGUGUAUCAGUGUGUAUCAGUGUGUGUAUUUGUGUUUGUUUGUGCCAGUGUGUGUAUCUGUGUGUCAGUGUGUAUGAAUCUGACACACAGAUACACACACACUGGCACAUAUUAGCACACAGAUACACACACUGACACACAGAUACACAAACUUUGACACACAGUGUGUAUCUAUGUGUCAAAGCGUGUGUAUCUGUGUUUGUAUGUCCCUGGUGUGUGUAUCUGUGUUUGUAUGUGCCAGUGUGUGUAUCUGUGUGUCAGUGUGUAUCUCUGUUUGUGUAUGUAUCUGACACACAGAUACACACACACACACACACACAGGCACAUAGUGGCACAUAGAUACACACACAGACAUACAGACACACACAUCUAUUCACAAAUAUACACAAAGUGACAUAUACACACACUUGCACCCACAGAUACACACACUGGCACAUACACACACUCAGAUACACACAUUGACACAUACACACAGUGUCAUAUACACAAACUGACACACACUCAGAUACACACACACUGACAUACACACACACACACACACACAGGCACAUACAAACACACUUAUAUACACUGGCACAUGCACACACACACCAAUACACACAUACUGACAUACACACAGUGACACAUACACAAACCUUCAUACACAAAUACACACACUCAGACACACAUACUGUUUGACAGACACACAUACACUCUUACUGACAAACACACAUACUCUUUGACAGACAGACCUACAAACACCUAUACACUCUGACACAUACAUUCUCACUGACAAACACAUACACACUCACACACUCACUGACAAGCAAACACACACUUACUGACAAACACACAUAUACACACACACACAUACAAACUCCUUAACAGAAACACAAACAAUUUAUUUCUUUUUUAAAAUUUCACUCCACCUAGCCUCCCUCCCUAAUAGAGUCUCUAUUUCCCUGGGGUCCAGUGGGGCUGCUGAGCUGAGCAGCUGGUGUGCAGUCCCUGGGGUCCAGUGGGGCUGCUGGGAUGAGUGGCUGGCGUGCAGGAGGCAAGGGAGCAGUGAUCUUCCUGCUCAGCUCCCUAGCGCGCCUCUUAGUGAUGCCAGAGUGACAUCAUAUUCUGGCUCUGGCAUCACUGCUGCGCGCGCCGCGAUAAUUGAGGCGGGCGGCCAGGUAACACUCUCCCCUGCUCAGCUCCCUCGCCAUCGCCUCAAUUAUUGUGGUGGCCAUUUUUUUUUUUAUAAAUUCUUUAUUUUGGAUUUUCAGUCAUAUGGGGGUUAGGGUACAGAAAAGAAAACUUGGGAUCAAACAUACUUUCAUAGAGACCGUGAGUUGCAUUGAUGCGUUACAAAACAGUCCUAAAGGAAAGGCAGUUAUAGAGUUUUAGUUCCGUGACUGGUGCUGUCCUUCGCUGUUGCUGCAAGACUUCGGUCUCGAGUCCGAGAGAGGGUUCUGAAGCUGGUUUGUAGAUAGGUAUAACAUUGUGUUGCAGUAUUUGAUAUUUCAACAGUUAUAACACGUACAUUUUUGGUUCGAAAGUUACAUGGUUGUGUGCGUAGUGUGCCGUUUGGUUCAGUGUUUGGUCGGUGUGUUUAUGAGGUUCUUUUCGGGGGGAGUGAGGGUUAGCAUGGGGGGAGGAGAGGGAGUGGGUCUGGUGGGGGUUUUAGACUGUUUGCCUAGUGUGUAGGCCUGUUGUCCCCUGAUGUUUUGUUUUUGGUGUGGCCUCUGUUAGUUUGUGGGUCCCUAGUGAGUGGGCCCUGCUGGUCUGAAGUCGAUUGUGGGCCUUCCCGUGGGUUUUUUGUUUGAUUCAACUUGGGCUGACAUCUAGGGUAGAGUGUGUUGGUCGGGGUCAUGGUAGAUGUUCCUUGUUCUGUGUGUGGUGUGUGGUGGGUGGCCUCUGUUGGUUAUGUCGUAAUUGGUUAUUUGCUCUUUGUAUCCGGAGUUGUGAUUUCUGUCGGGGGUGGUCUGGAAGUAGUUCCCACUUGUCUUUCUCGUGUGGUGUGGUGCUUGUGGUAGGUGCGUUUAGGGCCCCCGACUGGAUGGUGGUCUGUGUUGGGGGUGCUCCGGGUAGAGCUCCUGUUCGCGCUGAUUGAUUGUUUCGUAUAUUCUUGUGUGGUUAGUGUCCGUGGUCUGGUGCUGGCGCAGUUGGGGCGGUUCAUGGGGAUCAGUCGGUUUGGUGCGAUGGGGAGGGAGGGUUGUGUGUGGUGGAUCUUAUGUUGAGCGGUGUGACUGUGUUUGUCUAGUGUGGUUGGGGUGAGCGGUUUGGGUGUCUCUUGUUGUGGGUAUAGGGGUUCCGGGAAAGAAGCAGCCUAGUUGGCGAAGUGUGGUGCCCGGGGUGGCCUUCGAGGUUAUUCCUCCCCAGGGGCCACCCCCCGCCUGGUGCCUCCCUUGGCGGUAAGUACCUUAUAGUGUUGGGAAUUCGAAGAUCCAUGGUUCCCAUAUUUUGUCGAAGUGUCUGGUGGUAUCAUGUACCAGGGCGGUAAGUUUAUCCAUUUUCAUGGUUUCGUUAAUUUUUUGUUGUAUGAGAGCUACGGGUGGGGUGUCUGGGCUUCCCCAUUUCUCCACGAUCGCUCGCCUAGUGGCUAGUGCCAGUUUGGCUAUCAAUUUAUUGUGUGCCCUUGGGGUGUCUCUGAGGGGCCUGGAAUGUGGUGGCCAUUUUGUGUCCCUAAAUCCGCGGAACACCAAUUGGGAAACGCUGCUCUAGUUUAACAGUUGAUGUUUUAAGAUCAUUAUUUUUAAAGUGAAUCUUGGCACAGUUACUUUGUGUUUGAGUAGUACAAAGUGUAAUCUCUCCCAUAUGUAGCUUUAGCAUUAGAUACAGCGUAUAACCCUUUAAUUGCCGGGCAUUCUUUUUUUCUUCAUUUCCUGGGACAGAGAUCGUAAACACGGAAAAGCACUCUAUAUAUAAUGAGAAAACAUAUAUAUUCUAUUUACUAGCAAUACUCGUUAAAAUAUAAUUGAACAUUUUGUCUUGAUCAAUAAUUACAUUUAAAGUCCUGAGAGUUAAGAGUUUCCAUUUGGAAAAUACAUUGGGUGAUUUGUUACGUUGGCUUAGAAUUCAGUGUAACGCCCUCUGUUUAAAUGCCCUGUGCCAAUAGGCAUUUGACAUAUACGCCCUAUUUGUAAUAUUCCAUUGGCAAGUCAGGCUCCCCGUAUCUCAAACAGAUCUAUAAUCGAACGGUACCUUCGAUCAGUGAUGGCUGCAGGACUGGCAAAGCAUCAUGGGAAAUGCCAUACUUGAAAAUCUGGAGUGCCACAAUUAGCAGUUUUCUCUGUAUAAGGAGACCCCUAACUACAAGCCCCCACAAACUUGCCUUCUCAGAGCCUAGCACUGAAUAUUUGCCGUGAGGAACUUGUAACAAGACUGAAAGUACACAGUGAUAUUUCUUUGCAUAUAAAAAGUCUGGCUAAUGUAAAAGGCCACUGGACACCCAUGUUUGCUACCCAGGGCGUACAUCAGAUGUAAAUCUUGUUUUGGCCUCUGGUCGGUUCAUAUCUUUAACAUGCACAUGACUUGUUUCCAACAUUUGAUGUAAAUUUCACUUGAAAGCAUUUUAUUUUUUGGUCAGUUUCUGCGUCAGCACUCGUCCAGCUCAAGAGCUUCUAGCAGGGCCUAGGGGUGACGGCGGGACUUAUUACUUAAUCAUCAGCAGGCAACUGCGAGCCAUGUAAAACAGGAAAAAAGAAAGGAAAUUCAGUGUUCUGGUAAAUAGAGCUAAUUUGUAGAAGAAUGGUUCAGGCUGGAGAGGUUACAGCUGCACAGACUGUGGGAUGUUAUGGCUUAGAGCUAAUAAACAGAGACCCUGCUGUCACUUCAAGCUGGGAAUCCUCGGUGACGGGGACAGGCGGUGCACAAUAUGAGAACAAGAGUAGAGCGGAAUUACUGAAGCAUGUAUGGGGGCACGAAUGAGACGGGGUGAAGACAUCGCAAGAAGGGGGGCUCUGUCUGAAGAAGGAGGGAAGCGCAUGAUUCGAUGAUGAUAGAGAGAGUGAGAGAGAAUGGAAAGGAAGAGAAGUAAAAUUGAAGUAAAGAGAAAAGAGAUUGGAAAUGGGAGUGAUGGAUUUAACAAGAAAAACAGGUGAAGGAGAGUCUAGGGAAUAAGAAACAAAAAUGACAUAGUAUGAUACCAGUGGGGGAGAGGUGAGGAGGGGAAAGAAUGCCUGAGGACAGAAGAGAGAAGCAGUAGAUUUCUUGUUAGAACACUGAGCAAGACAUGGGGUGGGAGGGAAGGAACAAGUUAACUGAGCAAUGAAGGAAAGAGAGGGUUAAGGAAAGAGACUACAGAGCUAAGAGAUUUGUCUCAGGAAGAAGUGAUUAGUGAAAACUCGUGACAGGUCAUGUACAGGACGUGUGAUGGAGAGAGAGAAAGACGCUCCCCACUCGGACAAAUGGUAAUGAUAAGAGAGUGCAAGAGACAAGCCGAGCUUGAGUUAUGUGAGAGCUAAGAGUGCUUGUAUCUUACAUCCCUUGUUAUAUAUCUUUCUGUUCUCAUUUGUGUGAAUUCUAGUUUUCAAGUAAAUCCUCACAUAGAUUGAAGAUAAUAGAGUCAUAACUCCCUCCUGUCUGUGUCACCCUGUGCUGGGAGGGACAGACUCCACGUCCCAUAGCUCCCUCCUGUCUGUGUCACCCUGUGCUGGGAGGGACAGACUCCGUGUCCCAUAGCUCCCUCCUGUCUGUGUCACCCUGUGCUGGGAGAGACAGACUCCAUGUCCCAUAGCUGCCUCCUGUCUGUGUCACCCUGUGCUGGGAGGGACAGACUCCGUGUCCCAUAGCUCCCUCCUGUCUGUGUCACCCUGUGCUGGGAGGGACAGACUCCGUGUCCCAUAGUUCCCUCCUGUCUGUGUCACCCUGUGCUGGGAGGGACAGACUCCACGUCCCAUAGCUCCCUCCUGUCUGUGUCACCCUGUGCUGGGAGAGACAGACUCCACGUCCCAUAGCUCCCUCCUGUCUGUGUCACCCUGUGCUGGGUGGGACAGACUCCAUGUCCCAUAACUCCCUCCUGUCUGUGUCACACUGUGCUGGGAUAGACAGACUCCAUGUCCCAUGGCUCCCUCCUGUCUGUCACCCUGUGCUGGGAGGGACAGACUCCAUGUCCAAUAGCUCCCUCCUGUCUGUGUCACCCUGUGCUGGGAGGGACAGACUCCAUGUCCCAUAGCUCCCUCCUGUCUGUGUCACCCUGUGCUGGGAGGGACAGACUCCAUGUCCCAUAGCUCCCUCCUGUCUGUGUCACCCUGUGCUAUGAGGGACAGACUCCAUGUCCCAUAGCUUCCUCCUGUCUAUGUCACCCUGUGCUAGGAGGGACAGACUCCAUGUCCCAUAGCUCCCUCCUGUCUGUGUCACCUUGUGCUGGGAGGGACAGACUCCGUGUCCCAUAGCUCCCUCCUGUCUGUGCCAGCCUGUGCUGGGAGGGACAGACUCCAUGUCCCACAGCCAGCCAUGUGUCUGUGACCCUAUUGUGGGAGGGACAAUCUCCAUGUGUGUGUAUGUUUCAGACAGUAGUGGGAGGGACAGACUGUAGUUUAACACGUCUGUUUUUUGUGUCUCUCUGUGCAGGACAUGAUUACACAGUGAUCUCAGGCAGAUUGUCAUCGUACCGUGUUUGGACAGAAUAAUUUGGUGACAUGAUGGCACAGGUUCUUCACAUGGAAAGCCACUUCCCAGGUACGAGAUGUUCGCUGUGUGAUAAAAGGUAUUGUGUUUAGUAUUUGUUGGGCAUCUCAAGAUGCAGCAGUUCUAAAGAUGAGAAGCCAGUGAUGCUGCUGCCCAGUAUGUGAGAACACUAGGUUUGAAGAUCCUGGCACGGCUGCAGGUUACCGCACCUACAGGUUGGCAUGCAGUUAUGUGUGUGUUUGGGAGCAUGGCACUUGCUGUGUUUUCAUACAGUUGACAUGUAGUCUUGCGUGUGUUUGUGCUGUGUAUUAUUGUUAUAAUUGGUUAGAAUGUGCAUCAGUGAUGGGUGGGUGUACCUGCCUCUUCUAUAUAUAUAUCUGUGAUUAUUACAACUAUUAGGUUGUUUGUACACAUGUAUAUCAGGGAUGGGAAUAUCUUUGCUUUCUUUAGAUGUGUAUCUGUGAGAGAUUGGAAUGUGUUUUGUAUGUAUGCAUGUCUGUCAAGGGAGGGUGUCUGAGAUUCGUGUGGGUCCUAUUGCUUUCAGUAUAUGUGCCUGGGUGAAGGAUGAGACUAGCUGUGUGUUGUAUACAUUCUUAUCGGUAAUGGGGGAGAGCUCCUGUGUGCAUUGUGUACAUGUGUAUCAGUGAUUAACAGGAGUAACUGGGCUUUGUAUACAUUUGUAUAAUUUAUAAGUGUGAGUAUCUGUGCUUGUUUAUCUAUGUAUCUGUUAUAGUUUGGAGUACCUGCAUUUUGUGUAGCAGGCAUGCAUCUCUUAUCAGCUUGUGUUCACCUGUUUUUCAGGAAAAUCUGGACCUUCAUCAUUGAUGAAAGACCCAGAUGUCCCGUACUCUGUGGAGACCCCUUACGGUUACAGAUUGGAUUUGGAUUUCCUUAAAUAUGUGGAUGAUAUUGAGAAAGGUCACACUAUUAAACGAGUGCCGGUUCACCGCAGACCUCGGUAUGGAUCCUUACCGCGUGGGCCUGGUUACACCGGGUCUUGGUGGACAUCUACUGAGUCCCUGUGCUCCAAUGCCAGUAAUGACAGGUGAGAUCUGUUGGGAAGGAGUCGGGGGCAGGAGAAGUAAAAGAGGUACUAGUGUGCGAGAGUAAGGAUAAGACAAAUGAAGGAAAAUGCUUCAAGAGAUAGUGUAACAUUUAUUGUAUUACUAAUGUUUAAGAUGGAAAUAUUACCCACCUACACUGAAAUGUUUUUACUGAAGCGGUGAACUUAGUAAAGUGAUUUAGCAGAGAAGAAUACUCAGCUCUGUUCAGUCUCCCAGCUAGUGUGUUGAGAUGUGUGAUUUAUGUUUUCCAGUAAUGUACUUAGGAUGAGUGCUGAGAUAUUGAUUGCUUUUUAAUAUAUUUCAGCCGACACUCUUCUUAUUCCUAUUGUGGGAGAAGCUUCUACCCAGCCUAUGAGGUGCGGGGGGCAACCCAGGCUCCCCACAAUUUCAACCCCAGGGUAGAGAGAACACUGAUGGAUGCCAGUAAAAAGCUGGAGGCUGGACAAUCCCGUCCACUCAGUCUGGGCUGCCGUUCUUCCAGCUCUGUUUCCACUCCGUCCCUUUCGCGCUUACCCUCAUCUUCGUCUUGUCAACAGCUCUCCUCUUUUACCCCACUAAGUUCUGGGAUGUCAACUCCUGUGUCUCCUACACCGGUCCACCUCCAGCAUGUGCGUGAGCAGAUGGCAGUCGCCCUCAAGAGACUGCGUCAGCUAGAGGAGCAGGUCAAGAUGAUCCCAGUUCUCCAAGUGAAAAUAUCAGUCCUGCAGGAGGAGAAGCGACAGCUCAGUGUCCAACUCAAGAGCCAGAAAUACCUGGGCCAUCCAGGAGGAAGCUCCAGGAACAAGGCAAGAGGGGAGCUGUACAUCGAAAUCCCAGAGGAAGAGUCAAAGGAUGGGAGAGAGGAGAAUGAGCAUAGAGAUAAUGCUAAACUAGGGAUUGGAGAACUUCAGAGAGAAGCGGCAGUAAACAAGGUGGAAUCAAAAGAUGAAAUGAACAAAGAAUAUUUGGCACCCAGGAAAGCAACAUGCAGUGUUGGAGUGUGGGUGAGAGAAAAAGACCUCAUCCCUGUUACUUUGAGGCAACCAGAGGUGGACAAACAGAAGCUUCUUCUCCAAGCAUUGUCUGCCAAAGUAGCAGUUUUGGAAAAGCAGCUUGCCCGAGCUUUGGCAGAAGUUCAGAAUGCCAACCGGAAGCUGGAAGAAGCGGAAAAAGCAGGAAAAGCAGAAGUGGUGGAAAGGAAAGAGAAAAAGGAGGACGUGCGAGCAGAUGCAGUCAAGGUGGCCAGGGUGGAGAGAGGAAGCGAGGUAGUUUCUAGCACCAAAGUGGGUCCUGGUGUACAGCCGCAAAGAGCCAGAGGCCUGGAAGCCAGGCCUGGAGGAGGCGUUACUAAACCAAGAGAAGGGGAAGAGGAGCGAGUCUACAGGAGCAGGGAAGUGCUUGAAAAGCCAUUCCUUACAUCAGUUGGGCCAGCUGUCACCAUCCACAUGGUCAAGAAAAUAAGCAUCACCGGUCAAAAUGCAAAUGAUUGCGAAAAGAGAGGUGAGGCACGAUGGAGAUGUGUAAAGUGAUUGGUAGAUAAAAGCUUUAUUGAUUUGUUUUAAACAAAUGAUUACAAAUAGCAGCAUGGGCAUGUUCUAGACCUUGCUGAAUGUAUAGUGAAAAUAAUCAGAAGUGCACAGUUCUAUCAGAAAUAUUUUUAAAAUUGCUUCACUUAGAGCUGCCAAACACAGAUUUUAUGUGGCUGAAUGUUUCAAGUUUGUUGUUUUUUUGUCCCUUUUUUUAAUACAUCCCAAUGUUACAGACAGAGGAGAGGAUCUGACCACAUCCUUAACAGUGUCCCAGGAAGCCUCUCGAGACAUAGAUCACACGGGAGACCCAACGGCAAGAAAUGAAGGAUCCAGCACCGGUAAUAAUCAGAUCUGUUCAUUAUACACCAGGCACUACACAGGGCUAGUGAGCAUAUUAUAUUAUUGGAUGAGUCUAAUGCAUUUCAGGGUACACACAGCAUUAUGUUUAAAUACGAAAAUGCACAGAUAUAUGAUGGGGAGAAGAGGCACAACUGAGAGAAGAAACUUAUGAACUGCACAGUGUAGUCUGGUGUAUCGAGGCACAGACACAAUGUAGCAAAGAGACACCACUGAGAGAAUGAUCCUGACCAGCACAGCAAUGCUUGCUUGUCAAUGGUCGUUGAAUGAAUGUCCACCUCCUUUGUGAACCCUUCGGCUCACUAUAGCUGACAAUGCAUCACGAGUUGUAGUAUUGCACUACAUAAAGGUCUGAUCCGUAUUGUCGCUGCAAACAUAUGUAAGUGCUAUACUAACAAUAAGAUAUGGUGUGGUAUAUUAUAAUUUUUUUCUUAAUUAGGUACUUUGAAGGAGCAAACGAAUGUCAGCAAAGGAAACUAUGAAGGAGAACAAGAUACAAAACCUGUUCAGUUUACAGGAGUCAAUGGAGAGUAAGUGACAUCAUCUUUUUGUUUCGUUCUCUCCUUCAUCAGCUUAUUAUAUUAUUCUCAUCCCUUAACUAUUCUUUAUAUCGCUAAGUAGAUAACGGUAUUAUAUCUCUAGCUCCUCUGCCAGUCCCACGACACUCCUUCCACAACAUCUCUGUCGCCCAUUCACAUUCCACUCUCCCACUACUUCACUCAAAUGACUCUGCGUUUCCUCUCCGUACCCAGUCAUUACAAGGUCAAGCUAUGUUAUUCUGCAAUAUACUCUUUCAUUUCUAGGAUGAAUAUUCGAUAUUAUGUAGUACAUUUUUUUUUCUUUUGUAAAUUCUAUAGUAACAGUAACAAUGAUGCAUACAAAACAAUGGUGUAUGCAAUAAUGAGAUAAACCGUGUUUGGGUAGAAUGUUAAGCUAGAGAGCAGGGGGUACGGCUGUCCUGUCCUUAGCAUGUAAUAGAUAUGUAUACACCAUGAUUGACAUUUUCUGCAAGAAGAAUCCUAUGGGACGUGUAUCACUAAUAGCAAGUGUGGAAUAAUGGAUUGAGUUUUGGGUAGGAUUAAGAAGAUCUCCAUUGGAAAGGCUUCCUGCGUCCAUUGAUAAAAUCGAUAAAAUAUAGCUAGAGACAGCCCUCUGUAUCAUCAUAAUCGCCUUGAUUUUCUUGUCACUGGCUUCCUGCGGUGGAAUAAUGCUGAACUGGUCAGAGUGGGUGCGAUUCAGACGGUAUUGCUAAAAUUAUCUGGACAAAAUGUUAGCAAACAAUUUAGUGUUUGUGGUUAGGGGAAGCUGGGGCUGUUGCUAUUACAUAGUUUGGGUACCUUGCUAAGCUUAUAUGGUGAUGUUUAACUCAAGCAUAGAAGUGAGAAGGUGGGUGUCCAGGUAGACCAUAACUAGGAUACAAUGAAAGGGGCAUGGGGAGGGGAGCAUAAAUCAAAACAGAAUAAAUAAUGCUCCAGUAAACACACAUGAGAAUAGCCGAUGGCUUCAGUCUGUAAAAAGUCUGUAAGAAAGCCUUAUGGUGAUACCAAAUGCAACAGAGAAACGAACGCAUCUUGCAAUCCAUGUCUCUGAGGCUGGGCAGCCUAAAUUCCAAUAGUUGCUGCCAAUUGGAAAUAUACCACAAAUAGUUUGCAUGUGAUAUCGUGUGUUUUUUACCAUGUUUGACAUUUAGAACAGGCCUAUAAAUAAUCAAUGUAUUUCUAGGUCUCAUAUUUAUCCACUUUGUUUAUAGGACUGAUAUUUAUCAUUUUAUUUAUAGAUACACUUUGUGCUUAUUACGUUUAUUUAUAGGUUUGGUAAAAAGCACAGGAAAUAUUUCUUAUAUAUUUUACAGUCUCCUUACCAGCAGCUGCUCCAUGUACCAAAAAUAUCAAAUCAUAGAAUAAAAAUAUGCAGCUGUGUCGUGUUGUGUGUUUUUCCAACUUGUGUAAAACCCUUCAAGAAAUCUGUAUAUGCACACUUUAUGUGGCAGUCACAGACGUAACAAUACUAGGUUAAGGUUCAGUCUCACAACACUGCACUGAUAUAUAUAUCUUUAUUUAUUAUUGUACCUCCAUGGAGUCUAUGUACUUUUUGUUGAUGGGUUCUGAAUGGAGAUUAUAUUUUUGUUUUCUCUUAGAAUGGAUUCUGCAUCAUCAGAGGAUUCUGGCACCAUGGAAAAUCCGUCAGACAGUGAGAGCACAGAGAGUGAAUACCACGAAGCCAGUGAGGGGCUGACAGGGCCGCAAACCGAGGUUCACUUGCAUGUUGCCCCCAGUGUCCUGACUCCAAAAGAUACAGAGAAAGAAAAGACAGAGUCACUUGUAGUUAUCUUGUCACCUACAAAACCUACACCGAGGUAAAAGCUCAGCCCCACGUCCUUUAUCUCCUUUUCUGUAAGCUUGUGCUGGGAGAGACACUCUUUAUGUUCUAUAGUUCCCUCCUGUCUGUGUCACCCUGUGCUGGGAGGGACAGACUCCAUGUCCAAUAGCUUCCUCCUGUCUGUGUCACCCUGUGCUGGGAGCGACAGACUCCAUGUCCCAUAGCUCCCUCCUGUCUGUGUCACCCUGUGCUGGGAGGGACAGACUCCAUGUCCCAUAGCUUCCUCCUGUCUAUGUCACCCUGUGCUGUGAGAGAGACGGACUCCAUGUCCCAUAGCUCCCUCCUGUCUGUGUCACCCUGUGCUGGGAGGGACAGACUCCAUGUCCCAUAGUUCCCUCCUGUCUGUGUCACCCUGUGCUAGGAGGGACAGACUCCAUAUCCCAUAGCUCCCUCCUGUCUGUGUCACCCUGUGCUGGGAGGGACAGACUCCAUGUCCCAUAGUUCCCUCCUGUCUGUGUCACCCUGUGCUGGGAGGGACAGACUCCAUGUCCCAUAGCUCCCUCCUGUCUAUGUCACCCUGUGCUUGGAGGGACAGACUCCAUGUCCCAUAGCUCACUCCUGUCUGUGUCACCCUGUGCUGUGAGAGAGACGGACUCCAUGUCCCAUAGCUUCCUCCUGUCUGUGUCACCCUGUGCUGGGAGGGACAGACUCCAUAUCCCAUAGCUUCCUCCUGUCUGAGUCACCCUGUGCUUGGAGGGACAGACUCCAUAUCCCAUAGCUCACUCCUGUCUGUGUCACCCUGUGCUGUGAGAGAGACGGACUCCAUGUCCCAUAGUUCCCUCCUGUCUGUGUCACCCUGUGCUGGGAGGGACAGACUCCAUAUCCCAUAGCUCCCUCUUGUCUAUGUCACCCUGUGCUUGGAGGGACAGACUCCAUGUCCCAUAGCUCACUCCUGUCUGUGUCACACUGUGCUGUGAGAGAGACGGACUCCAUGUCCCAUAGCUUCCUCCUGUCUGUGUCACCCUGUGCUGGGAGGGACAGACUCCAUAUCCCAUAGCUUCCUCCUGUCUGAGUCACCCUGUGCUUGGAGGGACAGACUCCAUAUCCCAUAGCUCACUCCUGUCUGUGUCACCCUGUGCUGUGAGAGAGACGGACUCCAUGUCCCAUAGUUCCCUCCUGUCUGUGUCACCCUGUGCUGGGAGGGACAGACUCCAUAUCCCAUAGCUCCCUCUUGUUUGUGCUUCUCUCAGUUUGGCAGUCUUCUGCAAUCGGUAUUUCUGCAAAACUGGUGGAAUGUACUAUAAAGAAAACUGUCACUUUUUAAAUCACUUUAGAAUACUUUAAUGAAUAUAUUAAAAUAAUGACGUAAUUUAACCCUCACAUUGAUAAAUACCCCAUUGUCUCCUAACUCCCUCUGGGAUUCUCCAGACAUUUUAUAAAAUAUGCCUCCUUUCUGUAUUCCCAGGGUAGAACUGAGUAACAUUUUGAUCUCUGGCUGUGUAGCCCUUCAGAAGUCUUUAGAUGACCCUACCACUCUUACAGACGCAGAGAAGGUAAAAAACACGUUUGAUCUCCUGAGUUUACAAUUUGAUGUAGCAGAUGAGUGACAUAAUGCAUUCUUCACAUCUCUGUGCAGCCUUAGAUGAAAAUGUUCAUAUAUCAUAUACAAUUCGAUAAUCUGAAUUAUGAGGGAGAGCUUCAAGUAUUUCUCCCCCAUUGCGGCACACCAAGUAGGCAUGCCAUCCCCUUUGCGGGUCUUUUCAAAACAUGUAAAUCUUGAAAGUGGCAGAGUAACUUUAAUAUUCUUACAUCAUGUUCUCAACUUUAUCUUUUGAAUUUAAUAAAAUAAAUAAUAAAUUUAAGGGUAAAAUGGAAAAAUAGCUAGAGACUGGUAGAUUAGUUCCAACUGGACUGUUAUGGCUUAAAAUUCUUUAGAUAAUUCUCCACAUUUAUUGAUUUAGAAAUAAUGACCAUUGUGCUGGUCAAAAGCAGAGGUCACAGUGAUAUUUAAUAGCACGAUUUAUUAAAUUAGCCCCAAUUCAGAAUUUUAAACAAAUAAAAAAAAAACUAUUGCUGCCCCCAAACAGUCAGAGCCUAGAGGUGAAAUGAAGGAAUAAUUAGAUUGCACAUUAAACAAUAUGGUUUUAUGCACAGACAGCAGCACGCGCAGCCGUACUGCAAGAAUGGAUGAAGAUUCUGCGCCAGAAAGAAGUAGAUCCAGCAAUCAUUCGCCAUCACUUAACCGUCUUCCGAGCCAUGUCUCAGCAACUAUUGGAGUCCAUUGUCAAUAUGGCAGAUCCAAAGGGAAACACGGCCGUCCACUACGCGGUGUCUCAGUCUAACUUCACCGUGGUCAGACAGCUUCUGGAGACCGGUGAGUAACAAAGUGCAACCAUAACUACCGUCAGCUGACCCGGCUUGUCUUACCAUUAGAAACGUCUGAAUGUAAAUAAUAGCUAAUAUACAAAAAAAAAAAAUCUUACAAUCUGUGUUUCAGAAGAAAAAAAAAAGAUUUUGUUUUCUUGUCUUAAUUUAAAAUGGUUUACACUCCAAUUUAAUUCUAGAACAUGGUGCCCUCAGAGACUAUCCCAACAUAUGGCUUAAUUUAGUAAUCAGCUCUGCCAAGAGAUCUGGAGAGGCUGCUUUUUAGGCAGCAAUGAUCUCUAGUAGCAGUGGUGGUGACCCAUGUUAAGCUGCAUUACAGCUGAUUUUUUAAAAUCCCUGUAGAAGAAAUGUUACCAGUGCCAGCAAUAGAUUUUCAGUUGCUUGCACUGGCUAUAAAACACCUGAUGCUCUGCCCCCCCUCUACCCCCCUGCCCCUAGACAGCCAGAGAUCGGAAUGUUACUCAGUUCGACCCUGGGAAGACAGAAAGGAGGCACAUUUUGUAACAAGUCGAGAGAAUCCCACAAGGAGUUAGGAAACAAUGGUGGGUAUUUAUCAAAGCGAAGGUUAAAUUCCAUCAUUUGAUUGUAUUUAUUAAAGUAAUUUAAAAAGUGAGCGUUAUUAUUAUGCGUUCUGCUCAAUUCCCUGUGCUCUGUGUAAUACACAAACCAACAGGACAAUAUGUAAUUUAGAAUUCCAGAGAUUUUCUUGUCCAGAUGACACACACCCUUAAAAACCAUACAAGGGGGGCGGGGCCUGACCGUCGAGCUGAGCGGUCGCAGGACAGAGCUGCUCCUGCUCCAGAUCGGCAAAACUUCGACUAAUCAGCCACAAACAGCAUUUAAUUGACUCCAAAGGACCACUUACUGGGAGGUGAAACCAAGGGGCACCUGCCGAUACCAAACAAGCAGCCCAACUGACAAGACUUUAUGGAGAGACACCUGCGGCCUACAAGCAUGGGCAGCAUGGGGGAGGAGGCCGCUCCCCCGCAGCCCUCUAAGGCUAGAAACAGGUUCAUGGGCCUUCGUUCCCCCGCUAUGGACCGGCGGGGGUUAUCCCGCUCCCAGAAGUGCCCAUCCGGGUCGUGGGACGGCAACCCAAGACGGAGCCCCCAAACCUCAAAAUGGCGGCGAAAGCCAUUAGACAACCCGACGCACUAAACAGGGACGACACUAUGGCACGACUUAAUGCCAUCUUUAAGGCAUUCUGGAGAAAACCUGAAAUACGUCAAGCCAUGCCACCGCAGCCCACAUGCUCCCAUCCUCAAGGCAUAACCUCCAGAGGGAAUCAAGCAAGGAAACAGCGCCAUCGAAAGCGCUGCUAUGCGCCGACAAGUAAGCCCACGCUGAGGCACCCUACAAAGACCACCAGUUCCCGCAAGCACAAACUAUCCUUUGCUAAGCACACCACCCGGAGCCGGAGCGACGCUAGCUCUGAGAGGAGCAUGCACCCCCUCAAACACAGCCCUGUGACGGCAUCGAGGAGCACAUGGUGGGCCCAGAAAUGCAGACCACACAGCGGUCAUCCUGCAGAGUACCUCCCCAUGCCGAAACAGCCAGAAAUAAAACCAAGUCAUGGCCUGAAAGCACCCUUACGUCCCAUCAGAGAAGACACCUUGCUGGGAAGCUCUUCAUGCCGACACUUCCAGCAUAACCGGUGGGCCUCCAGAGCCAGCAUCGGCUGAGCAAUGGCAGCUACACCGAGCUGAGGUACAGGCUGAUAGUACCCUGCGACCCCGAGCACGAUACCCACCAUGCCGGGCUAAGGACUACACCAUCUGUACAAACAAGCCAAUGGUACCGGGGGACAGCUUGCAGUUAAUAGCUUAUUUGGCCAGCUCCCAUCCCGGUGGACAGAGCGGGACUUAAUAUGUGUUUGCACUGUUAUUAUUUGAUGCACACAUGGCGGCACUAAGGUCCCCCUCCUAUUUGCUUUCUUGGUAAAUCAACCUGUCACAGCACACAUAACCCUGUAACCAAGCUUGAUAGGCUGGAUACGCCUCUGGCCCUUAAUUCCGUUACCUCAAGCCCCACACACUGUCUAAACUAACACACCUCGCUAGUAUAUUACACAUGUGUUUUCACUAACCCUGACAAACCUAGAAACUCGAAUCCGCGCUCUCACAGACCAGCUAAAUGUGUUUAUUAAGAAUGUUUGUAUGUAGCACAGGCUUGUCACCUUGCCUCAGUGUUAAUGCAGGAAUAGCGCUCAUCUUAUAAUGUCUGUUUUAUUCAUUUUAAAUUCAAUCUCACUAACAUAUGACAUCCUGACAAGCAACUUAUUGUACCGUCUUGAUCUCCUAAUACCUUACCACUAGCCUGACCACUCACUCCUUGUUAUAAGCUGAUAUUACGGGCAAUGUCCAGGGCCCUUGUAUGUCUAUAUAUAUAAAUCUUUGGCAUAAGCAUGACUAUUAUAUAUAAAAAAUGUGCAUUUUCCCUUGUACACCAAGACAUUGGAUACCUUUUUUGAAUAUGUCGGUUUGUUUUGCUGUUGUGGCAUUGCAGACCAGUUUGUAAUUCACUGCACGAAAAAUAAGAAUUUAAAUUAGAGGGCAAAGGUUUAAAAAAAUUUUACAAAAAUACAUGGGGUUCUCAGGACCCUAUUAAUCAAGGAAAGACAACAAGAUACUGAGUACAAUGCCUGCUGCAGAUGCUCAAUUUCCAGGUCCUAUGCUCCCCAUCCCACAUGUAAUAUUGGUGUUGAUAUCUCUAAUAAUUGGAUUUAAUAUGCCCACUCCCCCCAUCACCUAUUAUUAUAUUAAAUUACAGAAUCCAACCUGUCACCCCUACUCUGUUAACCUUUAAUAAUUAACACAUUUCAGGAUUUUUUUUUUGUUUUUAAGGAAGUCCCUGUUCUUAUGCUGCUUAAAGGUAAUGAAGUGUAGGUUUAAUAAUCUGUUUUUAGUCCAGUUUGAGAUGGCUGGGUUUUGGCUAACUGUAUGCUAUGAGAUUCUAAGUGAAAUAACUGCAGUUAUUAAAGUAUUAAUGCAGUUUACUAAUUAGAGCACAUAGAAAACUAUCUUAAUUAAAUGACUCUAGUUUUUAUUACAAUAAUCUGUAAAUCGGCCUUUAAAUUAGUACAUAUAUAUAUAUAUAUAUAUAUAUAUAUAUAUAUACUACAGGAUUAUUUUAAUAUAUAUACUUAUCAGCCACAACAUUAAAAUCAUCUGCCUUAUAACAUGGAGGACCCCUCUUCCUGCCAAAACAGUUCAUACAUCAAGGUAUGGACUACACAUGACCCCUUAACGUGUCUUGUGGUAUCUGGCACCAAUACAUUGGCAGCAGAUCCUUUUUAAGUCCUGCAAGUUGCAAGGUGGGGCCUCCAUGAAUCAGAAUUUUUCUUCCAGCACAUCUCAAAGAUGCUUAAUCAGAUCAAGAUCUGGGCAAUUUGAAGGCCAAGGCAACACCUUGAGCUCUUUGUCAUGUUCCUUAAACUAUUCCUGAAUAUUUUUUGCAGUGUGGCAGGGUGUAUUAUCCUGCUGAAAGAGGCCACUGCCACCAGGACACAUCACGGGUGCUUUAUUUAAUAGGAGAAUAUCAAGCCAUCAGAUCAAAGGGGUAAGGCGGAGAGGCAAGGUCAAAGGUAGUCUGAAGGUCAGGUCGUGCAACAGGAGUCAUUGUCAGAGAGAGAGACAAAAUACUGGUAACCAGGAAAUCACACAAAAGCUCCAUGAAACAAGUUACUGAGACUGGGCUACAAAACAAAUGAGCAAUGACUGGAGGGAGAAAGGGGAAUUUAAAGGCAUGAACUGUCACAUGACCGGCCUCUCCCUGCAAACAGAGUCUUAUGACCCUCUUAAGGUGCCCGAGGGAUUCAGCACCAUUUUAGGAUGCAUCAUUGGCCUAAUUCCGCCCACCAUGUUUGCAUUCAUGCUGGCCCUGUUUUCCGCAUGGAGGCUGCCAUCUUUGGAAGAAAGAGCAGCUGCCGCAGGUCCACGUCGCCGGAUGGACCAGAGGAGGCGGCAGGAGGAUCUGGGUUUGCUGACCUUGUGGACGCCACAGGCGCAGUAAAUUGGCUGCCAUGACACAAAUUAACAUGACUGCCAGGACCAAAGCUUUACCAGCAGAACAUUGCCCAGAGCAUAAUCCUGCCUCCGCCAGCCUGCUACUUCCUAUAGGGAAUUCUGCUGCCAUCUCUUCCCCAGAUAAACGACACACACACACCAACCAUCCACCUGUUAUAAAAGAAAACAUAAUUUGUCAGACCAGACAACCUUCUUCCAUUACUCCAUGGUCCAAUUCUGACACUUCCCCUUUAAAGGUGCUUUCAGCGGUGGACAGGGGACAUCACGAGCACUCUGAGAGGCCUGUGGCAUCGCAGCCCCAUACGCAGCUAAUUUUGAUGCACUGUGUGUUCUUACACCUUUCUAUCAUAACUAGAAAUACACAAUUUGAGCUACAGUAGCUCUUCUGUGUGAUCAGACCACAUGGGCUAGCCUUAUCUCCUCACAUGCAUCAGGGAGCUUUGGGCACCUAUGACCAUGACGCUGGUACACCAGUUGUCCUUCCUUGGUAGGCACUAACUAUAGCACAGGGAACACCACACAAGACUUGUUGUUUUGGAAAUGCUCUGACCCAGUCGUUUUGCCAUCACUAUUUGGCCCUUGUCAAAGUCACUGAGAUCUUUUCGCUUGCCCAUUUUUCAUGCUUCCGACACAUGAAAUUCAAGAACUGAUUGUUCACGUGCUGCCUGAUAUAUCCCACCAUUGUAACGAUAUAAUAAAUGCUAUUCACUUCACCUGUCAGUGGUUUUAAUGUUGUGGCUGAUUUAAAUAUAUAUACGUGUGUGUAUUAAUCAGAUGCCCCCGGUGGACUUAAGUUGUACUGCAGGCAGUCUUUAUGAAUCCACCACAGCUUAGACCACAGCAUUUAGCCAUGUGCAAUCUUGUGUACGCCAAGCACACUUAAAUUAAUUAACCAUGUUUUCCAUAGUAAAAAGCAAUCCACAAGUAAACAUCUGCAUUACAUUCAUGUAAUAGUUUUCCAGUAAUUAUCCAGAGGAGAGAAGAAGGUCAUAUUUUAUUAGACUGAUUAAGAAAUGUAUACUUUGUUUUCCAUAUGAAUUUCGGAAAUAUAGGUCAUCUAAAGACUUUAAAUCUAAAGAUGUUUUGAGAACUGAUGGCUAUUCUUGGCAGGUCUGGGUGAUCGUGAACUGCAAUUCCCAUCAUGCUCUAAUAGUCUUAAUGGUAUUUCACCAACAUCUGGAAUACCAAGUCAUCACUGUGCAAGAAACGUCUUAAUGCCUGCAACCAGUGACUCACCGAGUACUAGUAUGGUCUGUGGAGCAAUAAUUAAAACAAAACAUGUGAUUAGAAAACCAUUUCAAAUAGUAAUUAGGGGGGGUUUGUUUUUUUUGGUUCCUAAUUCAUUUCAUUGGUCUGAAUAGUUAACUACAGAGCUGACAUUCACCCUUGGUGGGACCCUUAAUGUAUAAACCUCGCCAAGAUCAGUGGAAAGUCCACGGUGAGAUGCUAAGUUUGACUUGGAUUCUUCCACUGGAUGUCUGUCAAAUCCACACCCAGUUUGUUUUUGUUUGUCAAAACCUUAAGACUCUUUUUGUCAUAUGUGUGUUGAUAAUUUAUUUAAAGCGGCAUUGUCAUUUGUUGUGUUUUUUUUGGGGGGGGGGCGGGAGGGGGGGUCCUUUCCUUAUGCUCCUUCUAUUUUAAUGAUUAUACUCCCCUUCUCGACAUUUCCCUUUAUUUAUGUUAAUUAUAAUUUAUUAUUAUGCAUGACAUUGUCUAUCACAGGCGCCUCCAUGGACUGGGCUUUGCAAGGGCCCACAGUAAUAUGAAGAACGUAAUAGGGCAAUGUCUUGGUUCAUGAAAAUUUUAAUAAUUUCUCAUGUUGUACAAUGCAAAAAGAAAUCACACCCCAACAUUAUCCAAGGGAUACGCUUACCUAAAGGUGAUGCGCAAAAAGAAAAAGAGGAGGCAUCGGCAUUACUAGUGAUCAAAUAAAAUCCUGUUUUGUUAUGCAAAGUAUCAAUGUGCUAUGCAGAUGUUUUUGGGCUGUACCUGUGCGGGUGAUUAAAAAAUCUGUACUGGGGGGGCGGAGCCUGACCACCGAGCUGUGCAGACGUGUACAGCACGAGCUCCUGCACAGCGGGCAAAAUCUGGGGCAAAAGCAGCGGCUACACAGCCCAAGGACCCUCUGGGGUGCACCAUCCACGUCGGGGGUGCACCACUUAACCGACUGAUACCACCCCGGAGCCCGUCGGAGCUAGGGAAGCAGGAAUCCACGUGCGGCCUACUGGGGUAAGAGCAGUGGUGUAUCCUGGUUUUGUGCUGCCCUAGGCAGGACAAAACUCAGGCACCCCCCGCGCCACCCCCACCCACGCAACCGCCACCCAACCUUCCCCCCUGCUCCGCCUUCUAAAUACACACACAUUCACUGACAGAUACGCAUUCACUAGCUAACAGAAACACACAGUCACUAACAGACACACACUCACUAACAGACACACACACUCACAGGCAAACACACACACACUCACAGGCAAACAGACACUAACAUACAUACACUAACACUAACAUACAUACACUAACACUAACAUACAUACACACUAACACUAACAGACACACACACUAACACUAACAGACACACACACUAACAUACACACACUAACAUACACACACUAACAGACACAAACUAACAGACACAAACUAACAGACACACACUAACAGACACACACUAACAGACAUCCACACACUAACAUCCAUCCACACACUAACAUACACACACAAUACACACUAACAGACACAAACACUAACAUACACACACUAACAGACACACUAACAUACACACACUAACAGACAUCCACACACACUAACAUACACACACUAACAUACACACUAACACUAACACACACACACACUAACAUACACACACUAACACUAACAUACAUACACACUAACAGACAUCCACACACACACUAGUGCUUUUUUUUUUAACCCCCAGCUCUCUUCCUACUUUGGUAAUGCUGGGGUUCUUUCCUUUCCUGGGCGCUGGGCGCAGCAGUGGUUGCAGGAGUGGGAAAGGGCGGGUGCUGGAAGUAGGAGCUUUCGAAGGCUAAAGCUUCGCUGCCGCCAGUAGUGAGGCUGGGAGCCGGAAUAAGGACGCCAUCAACCUGCCUCAGCUCACUCUGCUGGCGCCGCCAGGAGCUGAGCAGAGGCCAGGGCAGCCUCAGCCCGCCCCUGUAGCUACUCGCUUGUGUGCCAGAAUGUCUGUUAGUCAUGGUGGCUGGACAAGACAUUUGCCUGGGUAUUUGGGGGCGGCGCUACGCCCCUCGAAAAUGCCGCUCAAGGCAAAUGCCUUGUUUGCCUCGCUACACACCAGGCAGAGCUCGGGAGAGGCGGCCGCUCUCCCUGAAGCCAGAGCAUUCCAGCGACCUCAUACCAAAUCACCCCCCCCCCCUUUGGACCGGUGGGGGAUAUCCCGGUCCUCACUGGACAAAUUGAUAAGGCAGGAGGGCAGACUUACCGACUACACAGCACACAGAGGCACCAAACCAACGUGGCGCAGACAAGAUGGCUGCCCAGCACAGGCCUAAAACACGGUGCACAAACACUCAGCCACCCACACACCCUCUGGGAUCUUUUGACCGGCUCUGUACAAGCUUCUGGGACAUGCUGUACUGCCGCGGAAUGGCUUAUGACAUAGCGAUAAAAACCGUGGCUGCAUGGAUACGCCCGGCAACACGACGUCGCCACUACAGGCGCUUACCUCAAGCUUCCAGAGCGGCCAUCAGGAAACUCAGGCAUCAGCGAUCCUCAAGGCGGGAAGUGACGCCAUACUACUCGGGUGCACGCUUACACUUACAACAGCACAGGUGCUGGACCACCAAACAAGCGCUACACCAAACAACCCACUCGACCCGAAAAUCAACAGGCUGCACGACCCUACUCUCUACAAUCAACGCUACACACAUAGUAGCUGUGCGGCUGCACAUACUACAGGUCAACGCUGGAGCUGACCCCCAACACAGGGGCACCAUCGAAAAGACACACCGCAACUAUGAGAGAGACUUCCCUGCCCUGGGCAUCGGCUAAAGCACCCGCUACCAUACCUCUCAGUGGACAUACCACCCUAGCAUCCUGGGGACCCGCCCUCAGCAGUCGCUGUUUGGACUAUGCUUACCACGUAAUUACUUAUCUCCCAGUUAUGUCGGUGGUUAUACCCCACUAGCAGGCAAACCCCAUGCAAACCUACACAUGCAGCAUUAAGCGAGAUGGUAGCUCCCUUAUCCUUAGAUCCACUGUCUUCCCUCACGGCUAAGAUAGAUAUCACUAUCAGCACUGUUUGUUCCCAGUGGUUUCUCAUGUUGUCAGUGAACGUCAGUGUAAAAUCAUCUACAAGCUUGAACACUCUGUUAUUAACCUAAAUAACCCGCUUACAUUUAACGCUUAAACAUGAACCAUUCAUUACUUAAAUUCGACACAGAACAUGCAAGUUAGUCUGUACCUGAUAAUCGCAUUCUACUUAAAAAUGUGCUAUAUAAUCAAAUGCUUCUAAAUGUUACGCUAUGUCUAAUCAAAUGUUUGUCACUACUGUUGGGGCAUUGACAAAACGACUGUAAUUCAAAUGCACGCAAAAAUAAAGAAUUAAAAAAAAAAAAAAAAUCUGUACUGAGUGCUAAGUGUAGAAAAUGAAUGCUGUUAAUGUGUGGAUAUCAUCUACUAUUUGUAGAGUAUGAUAAAAAAAAGUAAAGUUUGAAGAAACAUGUCAUUAUUUUAUUAUAUUGGUAGUUAUUGCUCUGGGAUCCAUGUUUUGUUUUCUCUUAAUCUAGUUUAUUUAUUUAAGAGAUUAAUAUUAAAACAUGGUUUAUUGUGAGACAUAUAUUGGAUAAGAUGUGUUUUUCAUCUUCCAUUUGUCUCUCAAACACAUUUUUUGUUCUUUCCAGUUAAAAGUCUAUUCUUCUGAUCCAGUCUCCCCUCCAUGUGGCCACUUUCUACACUUUAUAUCUCAAUCAUUUUCCAGUCUCCUUACUCACCAUCUUUCCUUCUUCCCUCCCCAGGGUUCUGUUCUCCUAUCAAUCCUGCUUAUUCUGCUCACCUCUCUUCGCUUUCAUUUAUCAUAUCCAUCCACCAUUCACUCUCCCACUCACCAUUCACUCUCCUUACUUCUCUCUGGGUUUGAUUGUGUUCCUUAUCUCAUUCUCUGUGUAUUUCUCCGUUUCCUUCUGAUUCUCUAUGGUUAGUUAAGCUUGCUGAAUAACAUUGUGACUCUCCCCCUCCCCUCACUUUGUUCCCCAGGCUUGUGUAAUGUGAACAGACAGAAUAAGGCCGGCUUCACUCCACUCAUGCUCACAGCUCUGGCAGCUUUUCGUUCUGAUGAGGAUAUCGAGACAGUCAAACAGAUACUGAGCCUGGGAGAUGUCAACUGCAGAGCAAGUCAGGUAAGUACCACCAGUGACCAGGUGCCUCCCACACUGCGUGUCAUACAUUAUCCACAAUUCGAAUCCUGGAAUAAACACCAUGGAAACCUGCCUGCUGACUGAGCCACUUUUCACAUUUAUCCCAAGAUUGCUCUUUUUGCAGUUGGCUCUUUGUGCAGCUGUCUGUAUUGCACCUGUUGCUGGUGUGUGUACAAUAUAUGUGUAAUAAGGAUCAAUGGCUUUCAGCAAAGUGCCAAGUAAUAACAGUUCCACGUUUACCCCAAUUCCACAGCAUGAGCAGUGACAGCCCACCCUACUUAUUCCAUAGUAAGUGCAAUGGCAACCUCACCGGCAUUCUAUUGUACAACCUGUGCCAACCUCACCAGCAUUCUAAAGUAUGAGCAGUGCCAACUACACUAUCAUUCUAUAGUAUGAGCCGUGCCAACUUCACUCACAUUCUGUAGUAAGAACAAUGCCAACCUCCCCCACAUUCUGCAGUAUUAACAAAGGCAAACUCCUCCCAUUGAAUAAUAUGAGCAGUGCCAACCUCCCCCCUAUUCCAUUUUAAGAGCUAUACCAACCUUCACUUCAUUUUAAUAGCAUACCAGCUUACCCUACAGUCAAGAUUAAGAGCAGUGCCAGCCUUAGGAAGUUGGGUGAAUUCCACAAUUCACAUUGUGUGCCACUCUGACUUCACUUGUACAGUGCCUGUCAUCAAAUUACAUAAAGCAUACUGUUGUUAAAAGACAUUAAUUGGCACCUUGGGCAGCAAUUGCGUAGCAGUUCCACCUUACUUUUUUCUUCCCUGCAGGCUGGGCAGACGGCAUUGAUGCUUGCAGUCAGUCAUGGAAGAUUGGACGUUGUGCGAGCUUUGUUGGACUAUGGAGCAGAUGUAAAUGUACAAGAUCAUGAUGGCUCCACUGCGCUCAUGUGUGCCUGCGAACAUGGACACGCAGAUAUCGUCAGCCUGCUCCUGGCAGUGCCAAACUGUGACAUGGCACUCACUGAUAAUGUGAGCAAAAGCAGUGUGGUUAUUUCAAAAGAAAGUCUAUUAAUAAUAGAAAGGAGCUGUUUAAAUACAGAUAUUACUAGGAUCCCACCCCAGAGGGGGCUGUGUUGUGUAUAAUGUAAUAGAUAGGAGCUGUUUAAAUACAGAUAUUACUAGGAUCCCACCCCAGAGGGGGCUACACUAUAUAUAAUGUAAUAGAAAGGAGCUGUAUAAAUACAGAUAUUACCAGGGUUCUACCCCAGAGGGGGCUGCACGGUGUAUAAUGUAAUAGAAAGGAGCUGUAUAAAUACAGAUAUUACUAGGAUCCCACCCCAGAGGGGGCCGCGCUGUGUAUAAUGUAAUAGAAAGGAGCUGUAUAAAUACAGAUAUUACUAGGAUCCCACCCCAGAGGGGGCUGCGCUGUGUAUAAUGUAAUAGAAAGGAGCUGUAUAAAUACAGAUAUUACUAGGAUCCCACCCCAGAGGGGGCUGCGCUGUGUAUAAUGUAAUAGAAAGGAGCUGUAUAAAUACAGAUAUUACUAGGAUCCCACCCCAGAGGGGGCUGCGCUGUGUAUAAUGUAAUAGAAAGGAGCUGUAUACAGAUAUUACUAGGAUCCCACCCAGAGGGGGCGCGCUGUGUAAAUACAGAUAUUACUAGGAUCCCACCCCAGAGGGGGCCGCGCUGUGUAUAAUGUAAUAGAAAGGAGCUGUAUAAAUACAGAUAUUACUAGGAUCCCACCCCAGAGGGGGCUGCGCUGUGUAUAAUGUAAUAGAAAGGAGCUGUAUAAAUACAGAUAUUACUAGGAUCCCACCCUAGAGGGGGCUGCACAGUGUAUAAUGUAAUAGAAAGGCGCUGUAUAGAUACAGAUAUUACUAGGAUCCCACCCCAGAGGGGGCUGCGCUGUGUAUAAUGUAAUAGAAAGGAGCUGUAUAAAUACAGAUAUUACUAGGAUCCCACCCCAGAGGGGGCUGCACUGUGUAUCAUGUAAUCGAAAGGAGCUGUAUAAAUACAGAUAUUACUAGGAUCCCACCCCAGAGGGGGCUGCGCUGUGUAUAAUGUAAUAGAAAGGAGCUGUAUAAAUACAGAUAUUACCAGGAUCCCACCCCAGAGGGGGCCGCACUGUAUAUAAUGUAAUAGAAAGGAGCUGUGUAAAUACAGAUAUUACUAGGAUCCCACCCCAGAGGGGGCCGCGCUGUGUAUAAUGUAAUAGAAAGGAGCUGUAUAAAUACAGAUAUUACUAGGAUCCCACCCCAGAGGGGGCCGCGCUGUGUAUAAUGUAAUAGAAAGGAGCUGUAUUAAUACAGAUAUUAUACUUUUUGUUUUUGUUUACUAAAAGCACGAUUUUGUAUCCUUUAGGAUGGGAGCACAGCACUGUCCAUUGCACUGGAGGCUGGGCAGAAUGAUAUAGCUAUGUUACUAUAUGCACAUAAUUCAAAGAUUGGUAACCCGGUGAGUGUAAUUUACUGCCAGACCCACCAAAGGGUGACACAGGCUGGAGUCAGCAAUAGGACCAUGUGGAAUUAUUCUCAUCUAUUUUCAUACUUUUUUUGUAGGGUGAUUCAAGCAAUCCUAAAGAACUGGAUACGGACCCAUCCAUUCAAUCUCAGUAACAGAAGGAAUUUUGUGUGCAUUUCACCCAAAUCAAACCCCAGUCCUGCGUCAAGUUGUGGGGAGUGUAUGCAUGCCGUCCAGUUGUAAGGCUGACUGUGGAGCACUGCAUUGCAAAACCACUAGGAUUACCGGCCAGCUUCAGCACAAUGGAGAGAGGGAAUGAGGACACGAGUUACAGGACAGGGUGGGCGAUGGGGACUGAAACAGGAGAGCAAAUAACAAACUGAAAAUACAUGUUAUCAAUGAUAGAUCCUAUACAUGUGGGAUAGCGGGUGAGAGCUGUGAGAUCGACAUAGAAUAUAUAUGGCCUAUAGUUUAUAAUAAAUGAGACAGUAGAUGGUAAAGUAUUUUUUUUAAACGGAAAUGGUGAGAAGCCCAUGUGAUUUGUGAAGGGAGAUUAGGAUAGUGAGAGAGAUUAUGUGUUGAAGAAAGAGAAGCCAAGUUUAUGUAAAUUCUCGGGUUAAACGAACAAAGGUUCCCCAAAAAUCAUUUUGGGGGAAAGUUGGAGUACUGGGAAUUUCAGAAAGAAAGACAGACAGGUGGAAAAAAUUGGGGGUAAUGUGAGAAAAUAAGUUUUAAAAAUUGAGAGUAGGUGGGGGGGAAUGGGAGUGAAAAGUGGGGAGAAAGUUGAGAGUAGGUUGAAAGAAAACCCAAGAGAUGGGGUUAAGGUGGAGAUAGACCGAGCUCAGAGAAAGGUGGAAUUAAAUAACUAUAGCCUAGAGAAAGGUAAGGUGAGCAAGUUGUGAAUCAGUGGAAAAAGUGGAGAUUGGAAGCUAUGGAAAAGCAAAAAUGAAGGAUGGACUGCAGACGGUGCAGGUAAAGACUAAAACUUAAUGUUUAAUGGAAAAUAAUUAACAGGUAUUGCACUCAAUCCACAAGCCAAUUAGGUGCUUAACUAGACCAUGGGCCAACACUAGUCCAUCAGGACAUAAAUACCAGUCGAAGAAAGAAAGUCCAUGCACUCCUAUGCUUAAACGCAGCAGAACACAACAUUCUGACCCAAAAUCAGGUCAUUCUCAAGCUUUGUCAACCCAAUUUUGGGUUGAAACGUUACUGUGUUCUGCAGGGUCCAAUAAAGGUGCUUUUAAGCAUUGGAGUGCCUGGACCUUCUUUCUUCCACUGGUAUUAAUGGAAAAUAAUAAUCUUGGAGACAUUCAAAAGAAGAGAUGUAGGGAAGGAUUUAAAGAGAAACAGAUUGCAGGGAGAAAGAUUCAUAGAUAGACAAAGUCUGGGGGGAAUGGUGAAAUACAAGAAAUAUAAUAGAAAGGAAAACGAAGGUGGAUUGGUAAAUUCAGAAUGACACAUUGUGGUAUCACAGAUAAAUAGCCCUCGGGGAACAGUCUGAUGUCCUCUCCCUCUCUUCCAUACACCAGCCAAUUAAGCUCAUUUCAUAUGAUUCUGCAAUAAUAUUUCUGAAUAUCGGUUGUAAUACAGGCACUGCAAUAUAUAUAUUUUUGUUAUCCAUUAUUAUAUGUUAAAAUGAAUUGUCUGACAAUCUGUAUUUUAAGAAUUGUAUCACUAUAAAAUAUAUAUAUGUAUACAGAUAGAUAGCUAUAUAAAUCUGUGGC